AGGCGGAGCGGCAGGGCCCGAGGGCCCGGCUGACGGGCGGGUGCGUCGCCUUCCCGUCAGGCGGAGGGAAAGGGUCGCCUGGGCUGGCGAAAGGGCCGCUGGGGGGGAGGGGAGGGGUGUCUUCCGCGAGGAGAGGAGCUGGCGAAGCCGCUUGUGAGGUAGGUGACACGGGCAGGAGAGCGAACGUGUGCACGCAGCCGGCUGCGCGUGUGGUGCUGUCCUGGGCGCCUUCUUUGGCAAUGGGGGUCGCUGUGGAAUAAGGACCACCAGUAGCCAUAGGAUUUCCUCUUGCUCUGUCGCUGCUUUGUCCUCGGAAAAGCUCUUGGCAAGCGGCUUUCACCCGCCCGCUUCGCAACACAACAACCCUGCGAAGUAGGUCGUCGGGCCGAGAGGCGCCGGCGGGCCAAGGUGGGCCUGCGCCGCUUCUCUCCUUCCGCGCCGCCUGCCUCUUCGGCCCCGGGGCUCGGGGGCGGCGGUUCUUGCGGGGGCUUCACGGGGAGUAAGAGCCCAUCAUCGUCUGGCUGGGAGGGAAGGAGACGGGCUUGCGCUAAAGUUUCCCGGCAGCAGGAUCAGCCUUGCCAGGAGAUGAGGAUGAGGAUGAUAAUUAUUUAUUAUUUAUACCCCACCCAUCUGGCUGGGCUUCCCCAGCCACUCUGGGCGGCCUCCAAAAAAAAUAUAAAAAUACUGUAAUCCAUCAAACAUUAAAAGCUUUCCUAAACAGGGCUGCCUUCAGAUGUCUUCUAAAAGUCUGGUAGUUGUUGUUCUCUUUGACACCUUUGAUAAAGUGAGAGAGGGCUGCCUCAAGCAGCAGGUUUGGGCGCCAGAUUUCAGGCGGCUUCAUUCCUCACAAAACAGCGCGGAUUUUCCGCCUCAGGUGCCAAAACUCAUCUUGGAUGUGCCCUGUGAGUUUCAGGGCUCCACAGGGAUUUUAACCCAGGUCCCAACCAGCCCAAUCUGGCACUUGCCACCUGGGCCCUCAGACUCGUGGGCUACGGCCAGUGUGGGUGGGAACAUUACAGCUUGUUCCUGUGCAAGCAUAUCUGCUGGGAUUUACCACCUUCUUGCACCAAAGGAUGAACCCCUGCAAGCCUACAGUCUCCUCUUCUCCCCAGAACAUUUUUUGUACAUUGUGGACCGCUUUGAAGCAGCUUGCUUUAUAGGAAAUGCUGCUAUUCUCAAGGAAGGGAUCUUAAGAUUCCCUGAAAAUGUUUGGUUUGUAAAGGUUGAAAUUCUCCGGGGUGACACGGGUACUAAAGGAGGAAAAUCUAAAUUGAGUUUAUUCCAGUGGUUCCCAACUCCCCCCAGCCUUGCACCACUUGAAAAUUCCUGAGGACCUGGGCAGACCACUUAAAGAUUUUUCUACUUCUUGUAACCAUUGCAAUGUGCUAGAUGCUGUAUGAUUUCUCACUGCUUUUAUUUUUUACAUAUUGUAUGUAUUGCAUUACAAUCUGAAUUCAAUAUAUAAGGGAUAAAAGAAAGCAGUGCUUCACACUCUGUCAUUCUGACUCCUACUUCUUUCAAGCACACUGUAGUGGUUAGAGUGUCAGGCUGGGACAUGGGAGACCAGGGUUCAAAUCCCCACAUGAGUAUGAAAUUCACUGGAUAGUCUUGGGCCAGUCACUACCUAACCUAUCUCAUGGGUCGUUAGUGGGAUUAAAUGCAGAGGGUGGAAUCCUGUUCACCACCUUUAACUCCUUGGAGGAAAAGGUGGGAUAUAAAUGCAAUAAAUAAGUAAGUUGUUUCCUCUGUCCGUAACUUCCGGUCUAUCCCACUCACUUUUGAGGUUGACUGCCUCAAACAUGUAAUGCACUAUCUGUGACCUAUCUGACACUGGUGUGGAAGUUUAAUAGAAUGGAGUGACUCAAAAGGGAAGAGGAGACACUUGGCAUACUAAAAGUGUACAAAGAACUUUCUAAUUGUUUUCUACUUGUCUGGAUAGCUCAUCUCCUGGUUCACACUGAAAAGCUACUUUUAAAUCUCCCCAGGAAUGAGAAUGAGAACUGUCCAUACAGGUGAAACUCAAAAAAUUAGAAUAUCGUGGAAAAGUUCAUUUAUUUCAGUAAUUCAACUUAAAAGGUGAAACUAAUAUAUGAGUUAGACACAUGACAUGCAAAGCGAGAUAUGUCAAGCCUUUAUUUGUUAUAAUUGUGAUGAUUAUGGCGUACAGCUGAUGAAAACCCCAAAUUAACAAUCUCAGAAAAUUAGAAUAUUGUGAAAAGGUGCAAUAGCUAUUCAAUCCCUAACACCUGUAAUGGGUUCCUGAGCCUUUAAAUGGUCUCUCAGUCUAGUUCAGUAGGAAGCACAAUCAUGGGGAAGGCUGUUGACCUUGCAGUUGUGCAGAAAGCCAUCAUUGAGAUCCUCCAUAAGGAGAGAAAGCCUCAAAAGGUAAUUGCAGAAGAAGUUGGAUGUUCCCAAAGUGCUGUAUCGAAGCACAUUAAUGGAAAGUUCUGCGGAAGGGAAAAGUGUGGAAGAAAAAGGUGCACAAGCAGCAGGGAUGACCGCAGCCAGGAGACUUCAAACAUGUUGGGGAUUUUCACAAGGAGUGGACUGAGGCUGGAGUUAGUGCAUCAAGAGCCACCACGCACAGAAGGAUCCUGGAGAUGGGCUUCAAAUGUCGUAUUCCUCUUGUCAAGCCGCUCCUGAACAAGAAACGUCAGAAGCGUCUUAUCUGGGCUAAAUAAAAAAAGAAUUGGUCUGUUGCUCAGUGGUCCCAAGUCAUCUUUUCUGACGAGAGCAACUUUUGCAUCUAAUUUGGAACCAAGGACCCAGAGUCUGGAGGAAGAAUGGCUAGGCACACAGUGCCAGAUGCUUGAAGUCCAGUGUGAAGUUUCCACAGUCUGUGUUGAUUUGGGGAGCCAUGUCAUCAGCUGGUGUUGGUCCACUGUGCAGCCAUCUACCAGGAGAUUUUGGAGCGCUUCAUGCUUCCUUCCGCAGGCAAGCUUUAUGGGGAUGCUGACUUCAUUUUCCAGCAGGACUUGGCACCUGCCCACACUGCCAAAAGUACCCAAACCUGGUUCAAUGCCCAUGGGAUUACAGUGCUUGAUUGGCCAGGAAACUCGCUUGACCUGAACCCCCUAGAGAAUCUAUGGGGCAUUGCCAAGAGAAAGAUGAGAGACAUGAGACCAAGCAAUGCAGAAGAGCUGACGGCUGCUAUUGAAGCUUCCUGGUCUUCCAUAACACCUCAGCAGUGCCACAGGCUGAUGGCAUCCAUGCCAUACCACAUUGAGGCAGUAAUUGAUGCAAAAGGGGCCCAAACCAAGUACUGCGUGCUUCUACUUCUCAGAGGUCCAAUAUUGCUCUAUUUGCAAUCCUUGUUUUGCUGAUUUCAUUGAAUAUUCUAAUUUUCUGAGAUUGUUAAUUUGGGGUUUUCAUCAGCUGUACGCCAUAAUCAUCACAAUUAUAACAAAUAAAGGCUUGACAUAUCUCACUCUGCAUGUCAUGACUCUAUCUCAUAUAGUAGUUUCACCUUUUAAGUUGAAUUACUGAAAUAAAUGAAUUUUUCCACGAUAUUCUAAUUUUUCGAGUUUCACCUGUAGAACUCAAUGGAGAAAUCCAAGAUUUUACUGUAGCUAGGAAUGAGCAGGAGUUUAUCUGAUAGGUUAACCAGAUGCAAAAGGAGGCAUGGUUCCUUCAGCAGAACUAGUUGUAGAGAAGAGGAAGUUUCAGCAGCCUCUGUUAUACACAGCUCCUGAAGAUGCAUUUGAACACCCCAGUGACCUAUCCCAAAAGGUACAGCAUAGAGAAAAGUUUCUUGAGUUUCUAACCUGAUUCUUAGAAAUGUUCAGAUGCACAUUCCACACCAAAUUAAUUCAUUAUUCAUAUAGCAGGUUGGAAACAGCCUUGUAGUGUAGUGCACACUGAAUAUUGUAGAUUGGGCUCCAAGUGGUUUAUAAUAAACAUGUAGUGUUGUCUACCGGUAUUUGAUCCCUGUCAAUCACUGAGUGUUGGCCUGAAAUGUUGAGAGUGCAAAAGCCCUGCAAUUUCAUUCAGUUCAUUUUAUUUCCUAUAUUAUCCCCACCUUGCUGAAUGAGCAGUAUACAACAGCCCUGCAGCAGAGUAGUUCAGUCUGCACCCAUAUUGCAGGACUGUGCUGACAUAGAAAAGCUUAGAGCAGUCCUGCAAGGUCAAUACUGCACACCAAGAGGUAAGGCUGGGUUUGGAUUGCCAGUCACCGCCCCCCGCCCCCCGGCCCAGCAACUUUAAUACUUUUCAGAUUGUAUCAGAGGUCAGUCUGCUUGAAUUGCCUCUUCAGAUAUUUCCUCCAACCUCUGCCCCCAGGCCAGAUCAACCACAAUUGUACUCAACUUGUUCAGAACCUUUUAAGGAAUUUUGCACAAAGCAUAAAAAGCCACAUUAGGGCAGGGACUCGUGUUUUUGGUACUCAUUUGGUAGUUAAAAAAAAUAAUAAUCCCUGAUCCAGUGGCUCAGAUAACACAUACCAGGUAUACACUCUAACAUUUUGUUGUGGAGCCCUAUGGAGAUAAAAAGUGUAAGAAUCUGUUCCUCUCACCUCAAUAUUGCAUUCUCAUGGCUGCUUUUGUUAAAAGUAAACAAAAAGAUGGGAGAACACAUACCAUAUUUACUCGAGUCUAAUGCACAUUUUUUUUUGCCAAAUUAUGUUGUGAAAAUUAGGGUGCACAUUAGAUUCAAUGGUGCAUUUACAUUUGCCAGCAAAUACUUUUUGGGUUUCAAGGUUUUGAAAAUUGAGAUGUGCCUUAGAUUUAAUGGCACGUUAGACUCGAAUAAAUACGGUGUGUGAAUGAAUAUCACAUGAAGUUGGGUUUCUCCCCCCGCCCCCGGUGCCAUUCCUAGAACUUUAAUAGUAGCAUGAGAUGCAAAAGUUAAGCAGCUCAGGACUUAUUUUCAUGCCUGGAAAAGCUUUACAUGCUCAGUUUCAGAGUAUUGGGCUGCUGCUGCUGCUGCUGCUGCUGAAGGUGCACAAUUUGGGUCGCAGCAGUAUUGCUCCUACCACAACAUUUGGUGAUAUGUACAGAGAUAAGUUUUGGGGGUUGAGUGGCCAGGUGGGAAAAAGGUCAGGACUCCUUCAUCUUUAAAGUUGUGUAGAAGUGAACAUUUCAGCUGGUGCAGCUUGCAGGUGUAGUUCCAUACAAUUGUUAAUAUUGCAGGAGCCCUUUUCUUUUCUUUUCUUUUCUUUUCUUUUCUUUUCAUCUGGCCACCCUACAUGAGGUCCAUUAAGAGAGUUAGUGCUAUUGAGUUUUUACAAGUAAAGUUGCCUGGUCACAUUGUAGAAAUUUGCCCUGUCCAUUAAAACCUCUGAGCAAGUGAAGAUUCAUUUUUCUUAGCUUUGACUGAUAUAUUCAGUAUAAUAAAUAAAGGGCCACAAAUUAUAAUUUAUUUAUUUAAGUCCAUUUAUUUGCUUUAGGUUACAAUGGAUCUAUAUGGUAGCUUGCGAAAGUUUAAUAGUAUGAUAGAAGAAUUUUUAAAUGAUAAAAUGACAGUCAACCAAUGAAGUCAUUGUAAGACAACAAUGAUUAACAUUAAAUUUCUCAUUCAUUUUUGCCGCUAUCCAAAAGACUCUGCCUGUUGUACCUACUGUACCUCAAGCUGUGUGGAAACACACAAACUAAGAAGAGCAUAAUGUGUGGGCAAGCUUAUAUAGGAGAAAUUGGCCCUUAAAGUAUCCUGGUCCCAGAGCAUUUAAGACUUUAAUAAUCAAAACACACUUUGCAUUGGGCUUGGAAACAAAAUGGAAGUGAAGUUGUCACAUAACUUAGGUAGUAAUGCUUCAAACAGCCUGCCCUGUUGAAAAGCUGUUAAUAGAUCUGCUUGUGUGUAUUCUCAAAUACACAUGUGUUUAUGAAACUGACCCUUAAAUAACCUUUAAUCUGGAGAUGAUAAUCACAUUGCAGUGGUUAUUGCACUAGUUUACUACUAAUCAAGAAAUGCCAAUAUUGUCUUGCUUGCUUGAAGGAAAUGGCAAGAACUGAUGAAUACAAAAUAAAAUCUUUAUUUACACAGUGUUUAUUGUUUACACAAAAUGGUGGACAGUAAGGAAAAAUGGGCUUGUGUUAUGAAGUAUCAGCACAGAAAUAUAAAAUAACAAGGUGGCUAGUUGUUGAAAACUACAUAGGCUACCCAAGUCUGUGUUGCGUGGACAAUAAACUUAAAAUAAGUCCUAUUGCAGAGAUAGACAUAGAUGGAGGUGGAUAGUGUGCCUUACAUAGAGAGGAGAUGGGUGCUAGGGAACCAGAAUCCCGACCCUCCCAUUUCCCUAUUUGAGAUAGCUUAAAGCACAAUUGCCAAAGGCCAGCCCAUGAGCUUAACGACUAAGAAAUAAUUUUAUAUAGGUGUCCCAAAUCCAUUUCUGUGCUCACCGUCUCAAAUUCUCAUUGCAUCUAAUAGCUACAGUGCUCUCUGUCGCUGGCUCUGCUGAAACAUUGCUUAAACGUCCUUAUUUCCCCCAAGUUUAUUAUUUAAUAUCUAUUCAUGUUGAUCCAUGAUUAGUCAUGUGGUUGUAUGAGACUUUAAGACUUCUAAUCAUUUUCCCAUCUCCCUAUGGUGACAAAAUUGUCUGCCUAAGCGUUAGUCUUUCCACUGUAGCAUAUUGCCAUGUAGCAGCAUCUUUUUGAAUCAGGUUUGCCGUGAAUAUAAAUCAUUUAUUUUUCUCUUCCUCACAGAAUUGAAUGUGCAAAUUUAAUGCCUCUUGUUGGUCCUAAAUGCUCAGUAUGGGAGUUCAAAUUAACUCCCAAGUAUGUCGAAACGAAGUGGAAUUGUGGGACAAAUUAAGUAGUUUGCAUUAAAAUAAUAGCAGAGGUUCUUGAUUGAUAACUACGUAGCUGUGAACUGAAUCCAUUGCUAUGUAAAGCUUGUAUAGAAGAGUCAAGCUUUGAAAAUCAAAAAUGAAAAAUGAAAAAAAUGUAAUUAAAGUAUGAAAAUAUGUUGAGUGUUGCAUCAAUAAAACUGCAUUCUUUUUUGCACAAAGUUAUAGUAACCAUCAUCGUUAUAAUAAUGAUAAUAAUAAUAUUUUUAUGCAAUGCAGGUUUAACAUCUGAACUCUCAGAGAAGAGUAUGAAUGUUUCUGAGGCUUGGCUGCUCAGUGGCUCCUCACUAGCAUCUCAAGUUCACGCCGCUGCUGUUAAUGGACAUAAGAGUGCUCUUCUAAAACAGAUAGCAGGUAAAAAUGUUUCCCCUGGCUUUUCAGAGUCAAAUUUUUAUUAAACUUUAAAAUCUUCAUAUAUAUAUUCCAGAUUCCAAAUUAGUUAUGCAUUUAUCUUUGACUUUCUCCUCAUGCUGUUUUUAAUCCCAUCCUUGUCUUUUUAUGUAAUUUCAAAUCCAUGAGAAGCAAUAGUAUUUAAGUUGCAGUUCUGUUUUUAGCUUUUUCUUGGUUCUGUGGCUUAGGAAGAUCCCCUGCCCAGCCCAUCAGAGGACAGACUGGUAGGCUUCUGCCAACUCUCUCUUCCUCUUUCCAUUCUUGUGUGUAACACUCUAAAGCAGUGUUUCCCAAAGUGGUCAGUACUGUGCCUUGGGGGACACUGGAACAAUCCAGAGGGUGGUAGUAGCCUUGGGUGCAAUUGGGGGGCAUUGGGAUAAAAAUAAGGGGGUGGUAGAAGCAUAAAGGUAGAAGAGAAGAACAUUUUGAAGAACUGUUCUUACAGGUUUCAUCUGUUGUGUAAUGACACUUACCGCCAGGUCGGCGCCGUUGCAGGAUGGCGGCAAUGCUUCUCCUGGAUCUGGCGGUUGUGUGUUUUUCCCAGGCUUGAGUGAACCGUUUUUGGGUUCACCCAGGCUUGGGAAGUGUUAUUUGUAAUUUGUUGUUUUAAUAUUAUCCUUUGUUAUCAUCAUUUUCUCUGUGUAAUGCAGAUGUUACUAUGGUUAUUUUAAUAAAUGGUUUUAUAAUUUCAAGCUUCAAGGUGUCUUAUUUACAGCAAUGUCUUUCUUUACUAUGUCUUAGGACAUAGGUAGAAAUCUAGAUGCAUCAAAGAAUGCAAAUUUGUUGGUGCAUCUUUCUGUUUGUUUGCCUAAAGAAGGUAUAUUUCCAGGGGGGGCACUGAGUAUUAUUUUUUUUUCUGAAAAGGGGGCAGUAGGCCAAAGAAGUCUGGGAACCUCUACUCUAAAGUCUUGGUGUGUGUAUGUAUGGAAUUACUUUCAGUUGCUUUCCAUAAUACUAGCGUGGUGGUUUUUCUUCGAAAUUAGUUCAUAAAAAAUGCUUUUGUUUUUUGACUGGUGGAAGCUUGUCCAGUAGAGAGAAAGGGACAAUGUCAGCCUGGCCUCAGCCAGUUUCUCCUACUUUACAACCAGUCCAAGGAGUGGCACUGCCUGUCAGCUUCUUCCUGCUAGUCCUGAUGUUGCCCUUGUGGAACUCAGCAGGGAUGAAGAUAGGGACAAAACUAGAGUUAAUUGACUCUUCCUGCCAUUUGCUGUAGCUCUGCCUCCUGUUGGUCAUACUGCCUUCCACCAUACUAGCCUCAAUGAGCACCAGCCAUUACUGUUUCUGCACAUUUUUUGCUUUAGUUCAGCUGACUGCUGGCAUGCAGCCCUCCACGUACUAACCCCAAGUCAAUGGGGCCCUCAAAACACGAAUACUUGGACAAAGGACAUUGUUGCCAGAGGAGCCUAAAGAUUGGUAGCAUAACCUAGAAAUACCUUACCAAUCUAAGAAACCUGUUUUGAUUGUAAUGGUGAGGUGCGUAUCCUGUUUCCUUAUUAACAAUAGAAGCUGUAGAGAAGCUCUGUUCAGGUAGGGAGAGAUACUUCCAAAAGCAUAAAUAUGAUAACACUGUCAAAGUUACUGAAUUGUGGUCUUUUGGGUAGUCUAAGCAAGGUUUUUUGUUCAGAACUGUGUCGCGAAUUCUUCGCGGCGCUUUAGCAGAAACGCUCAGAGUUCCAGGUUCUUCAGUGCAAUAUUAUUUAUUCUGAGCUAUAUAUACAAAUAGGGACGCGGGUGGCACUGUGGGUUAAACCACAGAGCCUAGGACUUGCCGAUCAGAAGGUCGGCGGUUCGAAUCCCCGCGACGGGUCAUGUGGCCAGCAUGACUAAGCAGUUUCUGGCGAACCAGAGCAGCGCACGGAAAUGCUGUUUACCUUCCCGCCAGAGAAGGUAUUUAUCUACUUGCACUUUGACAUGCUUUCGAACUGCUAGGUUGGCAGGAGCAGGAACCGAGCAACGGGAGCUCACCCCUUUGCGGGGAUUCAAACCGCCAACCUUCUGAUCGGCGAGCCCUAGGCUCUUUCAAGUUUCAUUCGUUAUGUUGCACAUUUAGGAAUCCUGCCACCUCAGUAGUGCAGAGCUCAUGGACCUGUUGCUUCAGGUCUUAAGUUUGUAGCCUGAGAAGUCAACCAGUUUAAUACACAACUUGCAUUAUUUGUAGCCAAAUAAAUAGUGUAAGAUAGUACUUGAAAUGAACUAUGCCUUAGAUCCUAAGUUGCUCCUCUAUUCACUAAUAAUAAUAUUUUCCAGCUGAAUCAAUCAGUAUUUGAGAGGAGUGUCUAUUUUGAAUCGUUUUAAUUUUGUUAUAAAUUGAUCUUCUCUUUUUGCUGUUUUUAAUUAUUCAUCACCAUGAGGUGAUUGCUAAACUAAGGAUUAAUUAAGGCUCAAUUAAGAUGAUUAAUAAAUUGAGGAUAAUAAUAGGAGGUGGGCGAUGUCUGCCAAUUCCCCGCUUCAUCUUCAACCCCUGUACCAUAUCCCAUAACUAUCACAUAGGUUCUCCAACUCCAGGAAUGGAUUCUUGGGGCAUGUAGAAGGACUAGCAAUAGAAGUCACAAGAGGGAAAUCUAUUAUGUUCACAGAAGGAAUGUUAGGAUUCAAGCCAAGGUGAUUAUUUUUUAAGUUUCCAUCCUGUGCUAGAUUGUACGAUACAUUCUGCAAUAACUUCUUGUGACCAAGACCAUGAAGUACACUGUUUUUAAAUUUCUCUUUUUUGAACUAAUUGGAUCUUUUUUGGGGGGGUACACUGCUCUUUAUUUUUGCCCCUUCUGUUCAGCUCUAUAAAAGUUACAAUAACCCCCCCACACACUAAAGAUCAGUUUGUACAGUCAGCAGAAUAAAUUGAUUUAAAAAAAUUCUAAAUAAUACCUGUUCAUAAAAAAACCCUCCCUGCACAUAUAAGAUUAAAAUGCAGUGGAACCUUGGUUUCCAAACACCUCCAUUGUCAUACAUUUCGGUUCUUGAAUGCCGAAAACUCAGAAGUAAAUGCUUCCAUUUUCGAAUGCUUUUCGGAACCCGAACAUGCGACGCAGCUUCCACUGAGUGCAAGAAGCUCUUGCAACCAAUGGGAAGCAGGGUCUCAGUUUUUGAAAGUUUCAGAACCGAACGGGCUUCCAGAACAGAUUUCAUUUGAGAACCAAGGUACCACUGUAUCAGUGAGAAAGGUUCCACCUAGCCUUCCCCCAUUGUGUUUCCUUUUUAAAAAAAAUUCAGGGUCCCCUGUCCUCACUUCCUUGCAGCACAUUUAGACAUGUAAUCCCCACUUUGAAGCAGAUUAGCCCAGAAAAAGCUUUACCACUUGACAAUGAUAAAUGUAACUGGUCCUAUUUUGUGUUGCCUAUCCUUCAUGAUUUCAAAACCUAGUACAGAUUUAUCUGUUUGCAUUUUUAAUAGUGCAGCUACAUUGAAAUAUGCCAAUUUAUAGUUACUCAUUUCUGACUUCCCCCUCUAUGGGCAGAUAUGAGCAGAUGAUAAUCCUUAUCUUCAUGUUCAGCUUUACCUGCUGAUUUCUCCUGUUAACGAAAGGUACGGGAGAAUUCCAUGUUGUGUUCGUCUGUUUUUCUAGUCUGCUGGCCACCCUAGCAACAAACAAGGCCAUUGCUAUAAGAAUUCUAAGGUAUCAAAUAUUGAAUAAGUGUUCAUAAAUGCACAAGGUAAAGAUAAAUACAUAAGUAUAUAAACCACACAUCUGAAAUAGCACACAAGAGCAAUCUAGAAGCCAUUUUUACUCUCCCAAGUGACUUCAAAUGUUCCACUUCAGUAGGAGGAAAUGGGGAAAGCUUUCCAAUUGUCUUUUCACUCGUAAAUCCCAUUAACAAAACUGCCUGGAAUCUAGGGGGUUUACCCCCUUCCUGCAAAUCUAGUCUGGCAGGUUUCUGUUAAGUUGAGCAAACUGUCAAUAGAUGUAAAUUUGUGCAAGAGAUCCAGGAACUAAAGUAUUUACUAUCUGAAAGGAAUGACCACUCUGCCCAGGUAAUGCAAUCAGUGACGACGGAUCAGGUGGUCUCCCACAGAAAUUUGAGAGUGCUGCUUCUCUCAUGUCUCCCAUUAUUUCUGUGGCAGACCACCUCCUUCUGUAAUGUAAGCGAGAUAUGUCAAGCCUUUAUUUGAUAUAAUUGUGAUGAUUAUGGCGUACAGCUGAUGAAAACCCUAAAUUAACAAUCUCAGAAAAUUAGAAUAUUGUGAAAAGGUGCAGUAGCUAUUCAAUCCAUAACACCUGCAAUGGGUUCCUGAGCCUUUAAAUGGUCUCUCAGUCUGGUUCAGUAGGAAGCACAAUCAUGGGGAAGGCUGCUGACCUGACAGUUGUGCAGAAAGCCAUCAUUGAGAUCCUCCAUAAGGAGGGAAAGCCUCAAAAGGUAAUUGCAGAAGAAGUUGGAUGUUCCCAAAGUGCUGUAUCGAAGCACAUUAAUGGAAAGUUCUGCGGAAGGGAAAAUGUGGAAGAAAAAGGUGCAUAAGCAGCAGGGAUGACCGCAGCCUGGAGAGGAAUGUCAGGAAAAGACCAUUCAGACGUGUUGGGGAGUUUCACAAGGAGUGGACUGAGGCUGGAGUUAGUGCAUCAAGAGCCACCACACAAAGAAGGAUCCUGGAGAUGGGCUUCAAAUGUCGUAUUCCUCUUGUCAAGCCGCUCCUGAACAAGAAACAACGUCAGAAGCGUCUUACCUGGACUAAAUAAAAAAAGAACUGGUUGCUCAGUGGUCCCAAGUCCUCUUUUCUGAUGAGAGCAACUUUGCAUCUAAUUUGGAAACCAAGGACCCAGAGUCUGGAAGAAGAAUGGGGAGGCACACAAUGCCAGAUGCUUGAAGUCCAGUGUGAAGUUUCCGCAGUCUGUGUUGAUUUGGGGAGCCAUGUCAUCAGCUGGUGUUGGUCCACUGUGCUUCAUUAAGUCCAAGGUCAACACAGCCGUCUACCAGGAGAUUUUGGAGCACGUCAUGCUUCCUUCCGCAGAUGAGCUUUAUGGGGAUGCUGACUUCAUUUUCCAGCAGGACUUGGCACCUGCCCACACUGCCCAAAGUACCAAAAUUUGGUUCAAUGCCCAUGGGAUUACUGUGCUUGAUUGGUCAGCAAACUCACUUGACCUGAAUCUAUGGGGCAUUGCCAAGAGAAAGAUGAGAGACAUGAGACUGAGCAAUGCAGAAGAGCUGAAGGCUGCUAUUGAAGCUUCCUGGUCUUCCAUAACACCUCAGCAGUGCCACAGGCUGAUAGCAUCCAGGCCACGCCACGUUGAGGCAGUAAUUGAUGCAAAAGGGGCCCAAACCAAGUACUGAGUACAUAUGCAUGCUUCUACUUCUCAGAGGUCCAAUAUUGCUCUAUUUGCAAUCAUUGUUUUGCUGAUUUCAUUGAAUAUUCUAAUUUUCUGAGAUUGUUAAUUUGGGGUUUUCAUCAGCUGUACACCAUAAUCAUCACAAUUAUAACAAAUAAAGGCUUGACAUAUCUCACGAGUCAUUGGUAUCUAAAUGUAGAUAAAACCCUCUCUUGGUUCUACCACUUUCACAGGCAAGCUUGGUGGGGACCCGGGAAAGGUCCUUCUCGGAGGCUGCUCCCAGGCUUUGGAACUCCCUCUCUAGAGAAGCCAGACUGGCUCCUUCCUUGUCCUUCUUGUUCCAACAGGCUUUUGGGAACGGCCUGCUUUUAAUGAAAGGGCUGGUGCUGUGCUGUUUUCAUUGUAACUAUUUUUUAUAGCAUGUGUAUAAAUGUAUGUGUGUGUAGAUAGAUAUAUAGAUAUAUAUAAUUAUAUCAAUAUUUGAUUGUUUUUUAAUGAUGCUUUUUUCCUGUGUUUUUAAUCCCUGUCAGGGAAAAAGGUGGUGUAGAAAACAACUACUACUACUAUCCUUAGUGGUGUCCAUAUUUUGCAGUUUUUAAAAGACUGUCUGACAUUUUCUUUAAAAAUGUCAUCUAGGAUAGAAUCCCAAAACAGACAAAAAAACUGAUCCCUGACCUCAGGAAACAUGUCAAAUUUGUUUAAGAGAUCUUAAGUGUUGCCCAAAUGUAUAAGAAACCAGACAAACUUUUUUCUACCCAAAAUAUACAAUAGAUGUACAUAUUUAAUAAAACUUAUGUAGAGCCAGCACUGCAAUUCACUUUGUUGUUCUUAUAGGUAAUCCUGAUCUGAAGGACAAAGAGGACCAGUUUGGGAGAACUCCACUAAUGUACUGUGUGUUGGCGGAUAGGCUAGACUGUGCUGAGGCUUUGUUGAAGACAGGAAUAGAUGUAAAUAAAGUCGACCUUAACCAGAGAACAGCUCUCCAUCUUGCUGCACAAAAGGUAACAAUACAAUCUCACAUGCCUACUCAGAAGUAAGUUCUGUUGGGUUCACUGGGGCUUAUUCCCGGGUAACUGCUUAUAUAGGAUUGCAGUCUAAAUGAUGUUCCAAGACCAGAUUCCAAAGAAAUGUGUAACUAGCACUGUAAAUCCAAAAUAAUUUUGAGUGUCCCUUUCUCAGAUACAGUGGUACCUCGGGUUAAGAACUUAAUUCGUUCUGGAGGUCUGUUCUUAACCUGAAACUGUUCUUAACCUGAAGCACCACUUUAGCUAAUGGGGCCUCCCGCUCUGCUGUGCGAUUUCUGUUCUCAUCCUGAAGCAAAGUUCUAAACCCAAGGUAAUAUUUCUGGGUUAGCGAAGUCUGUAACCUGAAGCAUAUGUAACCUGAAGCGUAUGUAACCCAAGGUACCACUGUAGUAGCCUUCCUUUCUACCACGCCAUAUGGCAAACUACUAUUUAAAUUUAAGUAGGAUUUUAAAAAGUGUUUUGGGUAUGUCGGGGUAGUCUGCUGUUCAAAGUGGAAGACCUAUCAAAUUUCACAAGUCUGUGAAUUCACACAAAGUUGUUCUUUGUAUCCAGAUGUUUAGCUGACAAUGUCACUAGCAGAGAAAUCGGAUCGUAGUUUUAAAUACUUUAUUUCCAGAAUUGCAAAGAAUCUGCUAUUCACUCAGGAGUUCAAUAAUGCUAAAAAUAUCACUAAUUGUUUACUUAAAAGCAUGUGUGCAUUAAGCAUUACACUCAUGACUAAUAAUAUAAAUGCAAGACGUAUAGUAAGUGCUUCAGGAUUAAGAUAUUUCAUAUGAUGGCUCUGGUAAAUGUACAUUUAAAUAAAGAGAAAAAUGCAUUUGGUAACACCUUGAGAUUAAUUUUUAGAAGUGUUUUAUUAUAAAAUGACAUGCUCUUUCAUGAAAUGUGAAGUUGGAGCUUGGGAAAAUAAGAAAAAAAUUCAGUUGAACACUGAUGACAUCUGAUGGGAGGGCGUUCCACAGGGCGGGCGCCACUACCGAGAAGGCCCUCAGCCUGGUUCCCUGUAACCUCACUUCUCGCAGUGAGGGAACCGCCAGAAGGCCCUCGGAGCUGGACCUCAGUGUCCGGGUUGAACGAUGGGGGUGGAGACGCUUCUUCAGGUAUACUGGGCUGAGGCUGUUUAGGGCUUUAAAGGUCAGCACCAACAUUUUGAAUUGUGCUUGGAGACGUACUGGGAGUCAAUGUAGGGCUUUUAGGACCGGUGUUAUAUAGUCUCCGUGGCCACUCCCAGUCACCAGUCUAGCUGCCGCAUUCUGGAUUAGUUGUAGUUUCCGGGUCACCUUCAAAGGUAGCCCCCACGUAGAGUGAUUGCAAUAGUCCAAGCGAGAGAUAACUAGAGCAUGCACCACUCUGGCGAGACAGUCUGCGGUCAGAUAGGGUCUCAGCCUGCGUACCAGAUGGAGCUGGUAAACAACUGCCCUGGACACAGAAUUGACCUGCGCCUCCAUGGACAGCUGUGAGUCCAAAAUGACUCCCAGGCUGAGCACCUGGUCCUUUAGGGGCACAGUUACCCCAUUCAGGACCAGGGAGUCCCCCACCCUUGCCCACUCCCUGUCUCCCAAAAGUAGUACAGUGGUACCUCCGGUUGUGAAUCCCGAGGUUUCCGCAACUGGGGGGACUGCUUCUGAGCAUGCAGGGAGCACGGUAGAGCGUUUUUGUGAAUGCGCACGGGGCAAAACACUUCCAGGUUUGCCGCUUUUGCAGCCCGAAGUUUACGUAAGCCGAGGGUAACUUAAGCCGCAGUGCUACUGUACUUCUGUCUUGUUAGGAUUCAUUCUCAAUCCAUCCUUCAACUGCCUCCGGACACUCAAACAGGACAUUCACUGCCUUCACUGGUUCUGAUAUAAAAGAGAGGUAGAGCUGGGUAUCAUCUGCAUACUGAUGAACACCCAGCCCAAACCCUGUUGCCAUGUAGAAAUGCAACAGGUUAAAUUGCCAAAUUGCGUAUAGCCUACUUUUGACCUUUGUACCCCACACUCCUUUCUAGAGGUAAAAGUGUCACUUAAAAGUGUAAAUGAAGAUUACCGAAAGAGAUACACAUACAGAAUUUUUUUGAAAAGUUCAGUCCAAGAGAGAAAAAAAAAGAUUGAUUAUGAAGGACACUGUAGCCUAUGCAAGUGAGUUGAGGAUUACUUUUUUAGAGUAACAUUGCAGUAUUUUUUAAUGUUUUUAUUUAUCCUUUGGAAGUCCAGUUACAUAUUUACCAUGUAUUCUAAGAGCCCAAUAAUCUGUGCUUACGCUGUUAAGCAAAUUUUGAAGGAAAGAUUUGGAGUGGAAAAACCAUUUUCCAGCUCAACCUGAUCUUUAUAAUUAGGAAUUAAUUUGCAUGGCAUUCAAAUUAGGAUACCAGACUGGGCUAGAAUAUGGCAAACCUACACUCAAUCACCAUUUCUAUUUAUUCAAAGCAGCUGUUUGGGAGGUAGUUUUAAUCCAUCUUCCGAUCAAAGUUGCUAUCAGCCCCACUUGGGUGGAGGGAGAGAAACAGAGAGAGCCAGUGUGGUGUAGUGGUUAAGAGCGGUAGUCUCGUAAUCUGGUGAACCGGGUUCGCGUCUCCGCUCCUCCACAUGCAGCUGCUGGGUGACCUUGGGCCAGUCAUACUUCUUUGAAGUCUCUCAGCCCCACUCACCUCACAGAGUGUUUGUUGUGGGGGAGGAAGGGAAAGGAGAAUGUUAGCCGCUUUGAGACUCCUUAAGGGGAGUGAAAGGCGGGAUAUCAAAUCCAAACUCAUGUGGUCAUUCAUUUAUUGCAUUUGUUUUCUUUUUUAAAGGAAACUUUUUUAAAGUGCUUAUGUUUGGUGGGGAGGUUUCUCAGUGACAUCACGGAGUGGGGAAGCUUUUACUAGCGAGCUUAUUUUCAAAGGUGCAGAACGACAGUUGACCCUGGAGAGAAAAAUAUAUGUUUGGCUCGAUCAUAGGAAGCAGGGCCGGCUCAAGAUAUUUUGGCACCUGAGGCAAACCACAAAGUGAUGCCAUCACCCUGCCAGGGAAGGUGUACAUCGGGAAGAAGGGUGGGAGGAGAUAAGAAGCACCUCCUAUUCGCCAAGAACCCAGUGUAGAGGUGGCAUUGGGGGGUUGCUGAGGAAGUGGUAUAUCUGGCCUUCACGGAGUACACUGCAGCCAUUGCUGUUCCGGUGGCGGUGGCAGCAGCAGCAGCGGUUGAUGCAUUCCUUGGAGGUCAGAUCUGCUGCCCCUGCAGAUCCUGCCAUCUGAGGUGGUUGCCUCACCUUUUCUCAUGGGUGUGCCAGCCCUGAUAGUGAAGGCAUUUCCAGUUUCCACUGUUUUUUGUUUGUCUUCUUCCAUGCCUAGAAAGAAAUGAAUCCUUCCCCCUGUUGAGUCACUUCUUUCUUUUUGUACUCAGAAAGUGCUGGUUCAGAAAAGUACCGUAUUUUUCGCUCUAUAGGACACACCAGACCAUAGGACGCACCUUGUUUUAGAGGGGGAGAACAAGAAAAAAAAAUUCUCCCCCUCUCUGCUCAGCGCCCCUUCAGCGAAGCGGCAGGAGAAACGGAGCCCCUUCCAUUUCUCCUCCCGCUUCGCUGAAGGGGCGCUGCGCAGCUCUCCCUCUCUGCUGAAGCCAGGAGAGUCUCGCUCUCCUGGCUUCAGCAAAAGGAACCCGAAGCCUUCGGAGCGCAGUGUGAGUUCCCGCUGCGCUCCAGAGGCUUCAGGCAGCUAUCCCUGAAGCCUGGAGAGUGAGAGGGUUCGGUGCACACCGACCCCUCUCGCUCUCCAGGCUUCAGCGAAAGCAACGCGAAGCCUCCGGAGCAUGGAGGGAGCGCUCCCUCUGCGCUUCGGAGGCUUCACGUUGCUAUCGUUGAAGUCAAGGAGCCUGCAUUUGCUCCAUAGGACGCACACACAUUUCCCCUUAAUUUUUGGAGGGGAGAAAGUGUGUCCUAUAGAGCGAAAAAUAUGGUAUUUCUUGAGCUAUAUCCCACACCUGCCUUCUCCUGCAGCUCCACAGCAACCUACCCUCACUCUCCCACCAUCCCUACAUUAUCUAUUGAAUGCAAGUUCCCUGGUGGUGAUUUUUUGUUCAGUAUAGUACCAACUCAGGGGUUUUUUCUUAAAUAACUUAGAAUUCAUAAUUGGUCAGUUUUAAGUUUGGUCUCUGGGGCUAUAUGUGCCCGUUUAGAGUACAAGUGGGGAAGAGAAAUGCAGGAUAUUAAGAGCCUUAAGUGUUGACUGAACCCAGUCAGUUCAGUGGCAAACAGUUUGUGAAACUGAUACCAGAAGCCAUUUGUGAUGGGGCAUAAGGGUCUGAUGUUGAAAGAAAAAGCCAGAAAAUCCUACUAGAUAUGCUCAAACACUUGUAUGUGUCUAAAGUAACUCUUUGAAGUCUAAACAUUAUAAGCAUAAGUAUUGUUGAGGCGGAAGCAGCAGCUAAAACAUUUUAAAUUGCUAAUUUCUUGAGUAAAAUAUUCAAAAAAAAGAAAUUAGGGCUGGAAUCCUGUAGACCUGCAAAUAGGUCCCAUUGAACCUGGGCACUUCCUUCUUAGUAGACACUGUAUAGGAUUGCUCUAUAGGAGCACGGUAUGAGAACCCUAGAAUAGUCAAGCUUUCUUUGUCAUUUAUUGUGACAGGUUAAAUUUAUCAUGUCAUUCUUAAUACAUAAAUCCUUCUUCUCGGGCUUUAAGAAAACAUUUCUGACACAGAUUUUACUGUGCAACUAUAAAGAGUCAGAAAUAUUUCUUUUUAUAAAUAGUUUUGCACUGUCUUUAAUGAAAACUCCGUUUUAUAUUUCUAAAAAUCCUCCUCUUAACAGAAAAUUACAAGUCUGGGAAGUUAAUUUCACCAGUUCCCGUUUGAGCUGUUUAUGAAGGGCAUCAGUGCAACCUAGUGGAGAACCAGGACAUCAGCAUUUGCAUGUCUCAAAUGUUUGUAUUGACAAAUGGGUAGUCUGCUAUUGACAUCUGUGUCCCCUGGCAAUACUUCCAUUCCAGCUUACCCUUGCUGGUCAAAUGCCUUAAUUGUUCUGGCCUUUAAUUCAGUCAAAGUUGGAGCACAAUUGGAAGAGAGAAAAGAAGGAGCAGGUCUAGCAGAGCGUCAAGCUUGAGUUGUGAAACUACUGGCAACGAUCAACCUGUCAUAAUGUUAUGAUUUGUUCAUUUUUAUACCAUUUAUUAGCCUUUACUUGUUGUGCCAUUUGGCCUCCAGGGCAGAUAAAGUGCUGUCUAAUUUGGGAGGUUUGCUUCUGUCAGAGUGGCCUCCACAGAGAAGGUGUUAGCUGCAGUGACAAAUAAUCAAUAGCUGUCGUUGUCAUGAAGAACGUGAGUAGUUGGGCCUUUCAUCUGGAGGAUUAGAGGUCUAAUUGGAUUGAGAAUAGGGAGGGUGGGCUGUUGUAUAACCCUGUCAGCUAUGUGAAGCUGUCAGAUGUCAACCUUAUUCAUACUGAAAAGAAGGUGGAUGGUUGGUCUUUCACAGCUUGCAGAGUGAAGUCAUACAGAAGCUUUUGAAAAUGUAAUAGAUGGGGGAAGUAAAAUAGGUUAAUGUAUGCUUUGACCUCUUUUUUGUUGUUGUUUAAUUAUACGUCCAUGUAGUUAAUGAACCUGUGUAACUUGAAAUGAUACUCUCUUUUUUGGUAGGAAACUCUGCUGUUAACAUAAUACAAAUUCUGGCUGAUUAUUUAUAUCUUAAGUAAAAGCAAUUUUAACUACUCAGAUGGAGGUUAUAUAAAUUUGAAAGUUUUCAACUUGAAAGAUAUUAAAACCAACCAUAAAGGAAGGAGAUGUUUCAGAAAGAACUACGAUAUUUUUGUAAAUAAUAAUUAUUUGAAGAGAUCUCAGCAGUAAUAAUGCAUGCCCAGAACUUCAGUGUGCUCCUAUGAAGCACAUAAAGAAUUCACCUUUGCAUCAUUUUGGUAGUUGAAACAUUUCUUUUUUUUUUUUACCCAUUUGAUAUUAUUUGAAGAAAGAUUUCUUAUGGUUUUCAUGGAGAUAUUCCAUUAAGAAUAUUAAUUCUAUUAAGUCAGGAGAUAUUCCAUUAAGAAAGGUAUAUUUUAAAAAUCAGCUUUUCCGUUUAAAAGGUAUUAAGAAGUCUUCCCUCAAAAUACUUUUUAAAGUUUUAUUUGCCUUUACCAAGUCCAUUUUGUUGAAAAUUAUUGGCUGACAAUAGAUACCUAGUACAGGGUGUGGUACAAUCCUCCUGGAAUAUAGCACUGAAAUUUAAAAACCUAAGUUAGUAAUGUCCACAGGCCAAGGUAGCCAGCAUAUGUCCACAGACACCUUUCCGGGUAAUGUGGCCAGCAUGACUAAACCGCUUCUGACGCGACGGAAGCCAGAGCGCACGGAAACGGCGUUUACCUUCCCGCCACAGCAGUGCAGUAAACAUUUAUCUAACUUGCACUGGUGUGCUUUCGAACUACUAGGUUGGCAGAAGCUGGGACAGAGCUCACCCCAUUACAGGAAUUCGAACCACUGACCUUCCAGUCAGCAAGCCCAAGAGGCUCAGCGGUUUAGACCACAGCGCCACCCGCUCCCUUUUUAAAUAUAUUUCCAUUUAAAGGCAGAUUUUGAAGGUCUUGCCUGUAUGUCAGUUUAAGAACUUUAGAAGCACCAUCUUCAAAAGUUUUCAAGUGGCUCAAAGGAUUUUGCCAUCCCAAAUAAAUAAUUAUUAUGUAUGUACAUGUGCACACAGCUGCCCAAGAUAGUCCCUGGUACUACAGGUGUUGGGAGACCCAAGUUAUGUGCAGAUGAUGAAGGUUCAUGCUCUGGACAUUUCCUUUUGUAUCCAUCUUCUAAGGCGGUGGUUCUCAACCUGUGGGUCCCCAGAUGUUGUUGGACUACAACUCCCAUCAUCCCUGAGCUCUGGUCUUACUAGCUAGGGGUGAUGGGAAUUGUAGUUCAACAACAUCUGGGGACCCACAGGUUGAGAAAGGCUGUUCCAAGGGAAGGAUUAAACACCUUUCUACACCCUCCAUGUCUCUCAUUUGGAGAUGUCUUCCGAAUUUCCACUUGCUUAACAAAGAAAACAUACCAUUGGGAAUUCUGUGCUUAUUGGCAGCAUGUAGCCUUGCCCUGCAUUCAGGGAACCUCCUUAGUUAAUCUAAUUGCAGUAGGUUCCCUACAGAUUCUGUAACCAAUGGACAAUAAUGUUUUAAAGUAAUGACAUCUUAAAACAUUAAUUUUAAGGGCCCUCCUAAUGCAUGAAAAUUAAUGUUAAAGUCUUAUGUCAAUGGCUUAAUUCCCUUGUCCAAAAUAUUAUAUCAAUAAAAAUGAAACCUGCCUGUUUUCUCUACUCCCAUUCAUCUGGGAGUCCUCUAAGCCACCACUGUCACCAAGAGCUGUACUUCUGAAAUAUAGUAUACCACUGUUGAGUCAUUGUCUUGAAAAUUUUUUGAAUCUCCUUCUGAUAUUUAUAGUGCUACCCUGUACCUGUGCAUGUCUGAAAAAUAGAUUAUCUUGUUAGAGACGUUGUGUUUACUUGAAAGGUUUCAGACCCAGUAGUGCUAGAACUACUCCUGUUAUUUCUUUGAUCCUGUUGCAUGCAGUCCUCCUCUUGGAAAUGAAUUCCUCUGACUGUCCCUUAGCUAAAACUGAACUGGCUCUUGGUACUUGAAUAUCGGUAGAAAAACUUUCUGGCUGCAUGCUAAAAUAACACAACUGGGAAAAUAUUUUUAUUAGCUUAUACAGUUUACUAGCUCUGUCAAAACUGUGCAUCUGUCCCAUCAGAAGACAGCUUCUACUUAAGAUAUUUUUGCAACAAACAACUCUUUUGAAUGCACCUAUAAUCCAUAGAUUCCCAUUCUGGAAUCUCCACAAAAUUCUCCAAGCACUACAAAAGUCCUCACCCUUUAAACCCCUCAUAUUGGCUUCACUCCAGAUUCUUUCUUUAAAAGUGGUUUUCCUAGCAGCCAUCUCUACCACACAGAGGGUUUCAGAAUGCAGUGAUCUCUCUGUCAAAGACUUUGUUCCAUUUUCCACAGUGCUUAAGUAAUUUUUCACCCAGACUUAAUCUUUAUCCGCAAGGUCUUCUGUAUGGCUUAAUAAAUGAUCUUACCUUUGCCUCAAACCAUCCCACUCUAUGAAGUGGGCUUGGACAUCAAAGACGAUCUACAUCUCCCACGCUCAGGUCAUUAAACAAACCGCUACUGUUUGUCUCCAUUCACUUCUCUACCAUGAGGAAGAAAGUAUCUAAUUCUUUUCUAUCCACAUGGAUCAAGACUUACAUUGGCACUCCACUUAGUCACUCCAAUACACUUCACAGCACACUCCACUGAAUAAGCUGCUUCUAUCAUGAGAACUGUAGGUCACAUGGGCCACAGAAAAAACAUUCGUAGACUUAUAUGCCUUGGAAGAAGCCACUUUUGGGAAAUGAGUGCUCCAGUAUAUCCUCCUAGUUUACCGCAUAGCUACCUAAAUCACUAAGCUAUAUAUAAGCUAAUUCUUUUGGCAUAGGGACAAGUAUUGUCAGUUCUCCAAAGUGUAUAAAGAUCACUGCUGCUUGGAAAACCUCCAGUAUAUAUGUUGAGCCCAGUGAUACUGAGUGAUAAGCUCAGAAGCAAUUGCCAUAGCCAAAAAUAAGCAACAUGAUGUGUAUUUACUACUGCAACAAAAUGGUAUUGAGUCGUCCCUCUCUUUGGGUCAGCCUUGUAAUAAGUCCACGUAUGAUACUAGCUCGGAAUAAUUCUGAAUCAGAUUUCAGUAGAAGCUACUGUAAGUGUUUAUGUGUAAGUGGAUGUGUGUUUUAUCUUGUGUCUUAAAUUCAUGCAAGAUUAAUUGUUUUUAGAAGCUUCUGCCUGAACUUAUCUAAAAGAGCAAUGGAGGAAACCUACUAAAACCACUACUAACUGCACCUAAAAUGACUUGGAAAUGAAAACAUUUUAUGCGUUAUGUUAGAGAAUUGAACUGAAAGCAGUCAAUUGUUUCCUAUAAAUUUCAGCACAGGCUUUUGAACAACAAGCAGAACAAGGAAAGCUUGCACCAGUUGUGCUCAGUGAUCUCAAAAGUCAAAGGUUCAGUUUAAAGAGGAAAAGUACAUGGAGAAGUGGCCUCUUUCCUCUCAUUUUUACUGUGCUUGUACAUGUACCCUUUCACGGUGCACCACUUGAUAGUUCAGCUUAUUCCUAUGGAAACUAACUGAACAAAGCUAAGGUUUCAGUGGGCAUUUGUAGAAGAAAUGUUGUAACAUUUCAGCCAUAGAGCAGCUAAGCAUGCUGCCUUGCUUUCAGUGAAACCACAGUUGAUCACCAGAAUGGGUUCCAAGUCGCAGAUGUUCUUGGCUGGUUUGCUGCCUAGGUUGCUUUGCCAGACGGACAAACUCUUUAUACUUGGAAAGUGACUAAUAAAAUUGCCUUUCAGCUGAGUUUUCUUUUGUGUGCUGAGAGUUCUGUCUUUGGUGUCCUGGAUGGUGAUGGUGAAGGUGACAUUGCCAAAAGGGUACUUUCCUUAAGAUUUACCGUAGGUCCACUGUUAAGAUGGGUGGUGCUGUUGCCAUCAUUGACUUGAAAAGGAUUAGCCGCACAUGGAAUGCUUUCACUAAGCAGCAAUUUAUGUUAAAGAAGGUGCUUUACAAUUCUACUAGUUAUCUAAUUCAACCACAUUCACUAUUAAAUUGACAUGUGACAUCACUGAUUUAGUUUAUAAGGUCCUAUAUUCUAUCAGCCUUAUAAAAGGCCAUAGUGUUUGUUAUAUCAGUUCUGUCAAGGGAAAAAGCAUUGGCUUCAUAAAAUCCCACAGUAGCAGAGAAGAUGCUGGCAACUUGUCACUCACUUCUAAACAUACUUAGUUUGUAGUGGAUUUAAACAUGCAUGCACCUUCAGUGACCUGCAGUGUGGCUUUUACUAAACUCUAAGCAUAAAGAUGGGCAAAUGAGAUCAUUUUCAGGAACAACCACACCAAUAAUAUGCUAUCAAUAAGUAACUACAGGGUAAGUUUUCAGUUGUAUUCAGAAGUAAGCACCAAUAUCUGCCCCAGAACAGCAGUAUAUGGAUUUGAAAAAUAAUUUAUUUGAAAUAAACUGAUCACCAAAAAUGACCAAACAUUUAUCCUGUAGCAUUUGUUUCUGUGCAUGAAGGGUGAGGGUUGUACUGUACAAAUGAAACCAGAAAACAUUUGUAGUAAUGUGUGACUCUAAGACAACAGUUUUUGGUUAUACAUAUUUUCAAGCAGAUGCCCAUUGAAUUAGAUGGCUUUCCAAUAUGGAAUUUUCAUUGGAAGCACUAUCAUCUCUGUUCACGAAUUCACACAUGACGUGUCAGUGGAAGUCCAUGCGAUACAACAAACGCUUUAGAGUGGCUUUAGUCAGGCCCUGGGGAACAUGAGGACCCUGUUGUAACUGGGGCAGGUUUCCCAGAGGAAUUUGCCUGGAGGAGAAGCUGUCUCAAACUCCAGUUUCAGGGGCUCUGGCUAUCCAGAUUGAUAGUCUGUUUGAGGCUUGAUAUGUUCAUUUAUUUAUUAUUGCAUUCAUACCCCACUUUUCCUCCAAGGAGGUGAAGGUGAUGUAUAUGGUUCCCCCCCCCCUUCCCAUUGACCCUGUUUGUGACUCACCCAGUGUCACCCAUUAAACUUCAUGAACGCAUGGGGAUUUGUAUCCUGGGCUCCCAGGUCCUGCUCCGAUACUCUGAUGAUGAUGAUAAUUAAUAAUAAUUUUAACAAUCAUAAUUAUUUAUACCCUACCCAUCUGGCUGGGUUUCCCCAGCCACUUUGGGAAGCUUCGAAUUGAAUUUUAAAAACAUGAUAAAACAUCAAACACUAAAAACUUCCCUAAACAGGGCUGCCUUUAGAUGUCUUAUAAAAGUCAGGUAGUUGUUUAUUUCCUUGACAUCUGAUGGGAGGGCAUUCCACAGGGCAGGCGCCACUACCGAGAAGGCCCUCUGCCUGGCUCCCUGUAACUUGGCUUCUCGCAAUGAGGGAACCACCAGAGGGCUCUCAGAGCUGGACCUCAGUGUCCGGGAUGGACGAUGGGGUUGGAGACGCUCCUUCGGGUAUACUGGACCAAGGCCAUUUAGGGCUUUAAAGGUCAGCACCAACACUUUGAAUUGUGCUUGGAAACGUACUAGGAGCCAGUGUAGAUCUUCUAUAUUAUAUUAUUAGUGUAGAUAAUGUUUGGAAACCAUAUCUACACUUAGUUACUUAGGCACUGAAUUACUUUGUUAUGUAGGUAAUUCCCAAGAUGUUAUAUCAGACUGAACAAGAACAAUUCAGUCUUCUUUACUAUUCUUCCCAUUAUUGUUAAAAAUAUAAUUAUGUACUAUUUUAUUAAUUCCACUGAGUGUAUUUAAAAAUCAGAAAAUUAAUUUUGUAAUUCCUAUCAUGCUUAUUCAAAAGUUAAACUGAAAUCAGUGGGAAUACUUCCACAUGAAUAUAAAUCUACAAUCCUUUUUUGUUCAAUAUCUAUGGCAACUCACAUUCACCCCCAGAGCAACAUUGACAGUUCUCUAGCUGAAGGGUCACCCUUCCUCACAUAGAUGCCUUUUGACUUGAAGGGUAAAAUAAUUCCAGCCCCCUGCUUAAGAUAAUAUCCUAUUAUAAUCUCCUCACUGCAUGGUUCUCCUUGAAGGAAGAACUGAUAGACAGAUUCGAUUUUUAAUUUCACUUUUUCUCUUUAUAUUAUCCAUCUAUUUAUUUAUCUGUCAUUUUCUUAACAAAAAUAUUCAACAAGAAAACUCUUAUUUCAAAGUAUGGAAACAUUUUGUUUUGAUGAGGCUCCAUAAUUUUGGAAACUUGCGCUAAAAAUAAUAAUAAUAGAAAGCAAAGAACAUCUCUUAAUUUACAUGAUAAUGAAUUUGCAUCUAUCAAGUAAAUGUUUUAUGUUUGGUUUGAUUUUAGUAAUGACAUUAGAAAAGAGUUUCUUUGCUUUAAAAAUAUUUUAAUUAAUUACAGAAUUUAUCAUUUCAUCUUUAAUUCAGAAAAUUGCUUCAUUCUGGGAAUAUUUAUUCAAUUUAUCCAAAUUCCUGUAGCUAGAUUUAAUUUCAAAGCAAGUAUUAUCCCUCUCAAUAGAACAUUUUCAGGAGAACACAUAUAUGGUUAAUAAAUCUAAUUACCACCAGAUGGUUUCCUAGAUUUUAACAUGUGGUAAAGUAUUUAUGGGUAAGGCUUCCCAAUUCAAAUAAUUUCCUCUGGAGUACUUUCUCAAGAUGCAGUAUAUAUUUUGCAAAACCUUCUUCUAUUUUGGGUACUGCUUGGCUGGCACCCCUGCCCGAAGGCUUUCUGCAAGUGUUAUACCUGUGGGGAGAAACACUAGUAGUUGCUUACGUUUCUGUAUUCAUCAAGUCCCUUAAAAGUAUAUCCCAGAGUAAGAUGGUGCUGGAAGCACGUCCUACUAAGUGAUAGUUAACAUUCACUGUGGUUUCUAUGGUUAUGAAUUUUUAUCUGAAUGAAUGAACUCCCCAUCGAUAAGAAAAAUCUUAAGAAAUUACUGAUGUGGGAAAGGUUUAAAACUCUUAUCUCUAGCCAACCAAGUGGCUUAAAAUCCCCCCCGCCACCGUUUUCAAUGGAUGAAAUGUAAACUUUGUGCAAGCCAUUCAACACUCAGGACAAAACUAUAAGAAAGAAUUAGACAGAUAACUUGUUCAAAAACUAACAAUAAUCUAAAAACUGUGUUACUCUAGAUCCUGGCUGAUUAGGAGAAAGUAGUGACAACCUACUACUUUGACUUGGGGUUGCCUGUAGUACAUAUGAAAAGGAUCUAGAGGGUCUUAGUAGACCAUAAGCUGAACAUCAGACAACAGUGUGAUGCAGCAGCAAAAAAAAUCUAAUGUUAUUCUAGGCUUCAUCAACAGAAGUAUAGUGUCCAGAUCAAGGGAAGUAACAGUGCCACUCUGUUCUGCCUUGGUCAGACCACACUUAGAGUACUGUGUCCAAUUCUGGGUGCCAUAAUUUAAGAAGGAUAUUGACAGGCUGGAAUGUGCACAGAGGGCUGCCAAGAUGAUAAAGAGUCUUGAGGCCAAGCCUUGGGGGAAAUGGUUGAGGGAGUUGGGUGUGUUUAGCCUGGAGACAGGCGGGAUGCAGAUGGCUCUGUGGGUUAAACCACUGAGCCUAGGGCUUGCUGAUCAGAAGGUCGGCGGUUCAAAUCCCCGCGACGGGGUGAGCUCCUGUUGCUCUGUCCCAGCUCCUGCCAACCUAGCAGUUCGAACGCACGUCAAAGUGCAAGUAGAUAAAUAGGUACCGCUCUGGCUUGAAGGUAAAUGGCAUUUCCGUGCACUGCUAUGGUUUCACCAGAAGCGGCUUAGUCAUGCUGGCCACAUGACCCGGAAAAACUGUCUGCGGACAAAAAACGGCUCCCUCGGCCAGUAAAGCGAGAUGAGCGCCGCAACCCCAGAGUCAUUCACAACUGGACUUAACUGUCAGCGGUCCUUUACCUUUACCUUUUUAGCCUGGAGACAAGAAGACUGAGAGGAGAUAUAUGAUAGCCAUCUUAAAAUAUCUAAAGUGCUGUCACAUGGAAGAUGGAGCAAGCUUGUUUUCUGCUGUUCCAGAGGGCAGGACUCGAACAAAUGGAUUCAAGUUACAAGGAUGGAGAUCCUGACUAAACAGUAGAAGAACUUUCUAACAAUAAGAACUGUUCGACAGUGGAAUAGACUCCCUCAGUAGCUUGAGGACUCCUUCAUUGGAUGAUUUUAAGGAGAGAUUGGAUGGCCACCUGUCAUGGAUGCUUUUGUUGAUAUUUCUGCAUUGCAGGGAGUUGGACCAGAAUGACCCUCAGGGUAACCUUCCAACUCUACAAUUCUAUGAUUCUAGUCACUUGUCCACAGGACUAUAAACUAUAUAUUGCCAUUACCUCUAAUGAUUGCUUUUCAAAAUUAUUACAUGUUGGUUUCAUAACGCUUUUUAGUCAUUGAAAUUAACUUUAUUCUUCCCCUUCCUCAUUACAUUGCUUAGGGAAAUUAUCGCUUUAUGAAGCUUUUACUUGCUCGUAGAGCAAACUGGAUGAAGAAGGAUUUGGAAGAAAUCACUCCGUUACACUUAGCUACACGGCACAAGAGUCCCAAGUGCUUGGCUUUGUUGCUUAAAUACAUGGCACCAGGAGAAGUAGAUACGCAGGACAAAAACAAGGUAAAAUCAGACUUGUAACUUUUACUGUUGCUGAAACCUCUGGCUCCUCUUAAUGGUCUCUGUGUCAUCUGACCAGAACAAACAUUGGAACUUUCUUUACUGCCAGGGAACUGGUACUUGUGCCCCUCCUCAAAUCAGCUGCACAUGCUAUGAAAGGUAGAGACUUAGCAUUCACUUCCCUGUGGGAUCAGCAUUUCAGUUAGCCAUCAGUUUUCAACUCACUCCAUCAGACUACUGAUUCAGGAUUGUCACUUUGAAUCAACUCCCUUUUUCAUUGCACUAAGUAAUGCAUAGUGGAUAUCGUUUUGUAUCCCACUUUCUCAUGUCAUUGUGUGCUUGGAAUGAAUCCUGAACUCCCCUCUGUGUUUUAUGUACAGCAUACUUGAGAUCAUUUCUGUGCAGUUGGUCACAUCCAGAGACUAAACAGAAGUAAACCCAGGGCCUCUGAUAAACCAGCAUUCCCUCACUUUCAACUGUCCUCAGUCUCCAUAAUUUGUAAAUUGUUCAUUUUACAUGGUUUCUGAAGUUCACAAAAGCAGAAUGUUUAUUUCAUUUUACUGUGCAUCUCUUCUAAUUACCCCCAGCAAACUGCUCUUCACUGGAGUGCCUAUUACAAUAAUCCAGAGCAUGUGAAACUUCUGAUCAAACAUGAUUCUAAUAUUGGAAUCCCAGAUAUUGAAGGCAAAAUUCCACUUCAUUGGGCUGCUAACCACAAGGAUCCAAGUGCAGUUCAUACUGUUAAGUGCAUUUUGGUAAGGAUUUCUUUUCAAAUAAAUACCUAUCUGAUCUGAUGUACCUUUUUUUUAGUGGCAGUUGUAUGUGGGCACCACAAAGAGUGCUUGGAAUCGUUUUAGGGCUCAUAGUCGUAAGGGUUGUCUCUGUCACAAGAGACACUCUAAUGUCCUUUUGAAUGCCUCCCAACUUCACUUAUUAACGUGGAUUCACACUGGUGCUGCUAGAUUUGAGAGAGCCCUGGGCAAGGUGCCUCUUCUUUAAGUCCAUUGCCAUCCCUCCCACCCCAGGUCAAAUUGAAGCCUGGCCAGCAAGCACCUCCCUAACAUAAUUUUGGGUUUAAAUGUCUUGAGUACAUGCAGCUGUAAUGUAACCUCUUAAUUGUAAAACCAUCCUCUCUUAGCUGCUACGAUCUCUUAAUGCUAAUCGCACCUUAUCUACCUGGCACUUUUGCAACUAGGAUGCUGCUCCAACUGAAUCUCUGCUGAACUGGCAAGACUAUGAAGGACGAACUCCCCUUCACUUUGCAGUUGCUGAUGGGAAUGUAGCUGUUGCUGAUCUGUUGACCUCCUAUGAAGGUUGCAAUGUCACCUCUUACGAUAAUUUAUUUCGAACUCCCUUGCACUGGGCAGCUUUACUGGGUAAAUACUGAACGACUAAAUUUCUAAAUUUCUUCUUGGGCAUAUGUAUCAAUUUUUGGGAACUCGAAUUUGCUAAAUUGGAGCUUGAAACAUUGAAGAAGUUUGACUGGUGUGAAAGAGGGGGAAACAGGAACAUAAAGGCUGCUUUAUCCUAACUCUGACUAUUGGUCCAGCUAGCUCAGUAUUGUUGACACACUUUGGCUGGCAGCGGCUCUCCAGUUAUCGGUCUUUCCCAGUUAUAGCUGAACAUACCACGGAUUGAGAUUCAGACCUUCUCCAUGCAAAGCACGGACUGUACCACUGAUCUACAGCCCUCCCCAUAACAUGCAGUGCGACUUGGCUAAGGAGAAUCUUGAGGUUGAUUAAGAUGCACACAGAUACGGUUGCUUGUCAGAUUUGUACGGUUCUAGAUUUAGCAGUCAUACUGCUGAUCUCUCUUUCAGUAGGGGAAAUGAGCAGAUAACAUGUUGUUGAACAGCCCAAAUUUGCCAGCUUUGCUUGGCUUUUUGUAACUUCCUACUUAUUUGUAUCAAUGCUGCAUUUUACAGAGCUCCAUAACUAAAAUAGAUAGGUCCCUGCACUGAUGCACAUGUGCUGGUGGAAAGAGAGAUAACAGCAUUCUCAUAGGAUGAGGGAAGAAAUCUGGAGCACAUAUAGGGAGCUAAGUCAUAUGUAUUCUGCUCUCUCUUUUAGGUCAUGCGCAGAUUGUCCACCUUCUUUUGGAAAGAAACAAGUUUGGGACCAUCCCAUCUGACAGUCAAGGGGCAACACCUUUACACUAUGCAGCCCAGAGUAACUUUGCUGUACGUGAAACAAACAGGUUAUGUUGAAAUAUUGAUUUGUAUUGUGGGAUGCUGGAGCCAGUGGGGUGAUGCAGGCAGGAGCAACGCUUUGUGGGAAAUGGGCUCCUUCACCUCAGUUUUUUCUCCUGCCUGACGCAGCAGAGCGUUCUCCUCGGCUCUCCUGCUUCAGAUAAGCCUCGACCCCCGCUGUUGGAUUUACUUAUUUAUUUUGUUUAUUUUUUCCAUUAAAACCUAGUUUUUCUGCCCCUGGCUUUUGACUGUGGCUGAGGCACUUUUUGGCCACCGCUUGCAGGGUGCAGUCUAGCUUCCCGCGCACCGCCUCCAUUUCUAACUCGGUCACCUCCAUUGCUGGGGUCGCCUAUCUUUAUUUUCUACAAACUUCUUGUAUGACAAUUUCUUCCGUUGUCACCUCAGCAUUGGGUGAAGCAGUUCCUUCCUGCGUGACAUCCCCGCCCUCCCCUCUCCAGCCCUCUCUGAUUGCAUUUCUCUCAAACGGCACAGGAGUGAGUGGCAAGAGACUCUUCUCCCCCUCCCGGUACGUUUUUAACAGCGAUGGAGUGUGUGGCAGGCUACAGCCUGCUGACACCCAUCGCUCAGGUCGGUAGCUCGAUCUGGUGGGGAGAAGAGCUUCUGCCCACUGCCUCCCAGCUGCUUGAGAGAAUGGUCAGAAGAGGCUGGAGGGGAGGGUGGGAUCACGUGAUACCAGUCAUACAAGAGCCAGAAACAAAGAGUAUCUCAGCAAUGGAGGUGACUGAGCAACUGAGUGGUGCGUGGGCUGAGCACCGCCUGCAGUGGUGUUGGGUGCCAGUCACAGGUCAGCCAGGGGCUCCCAGCGAAUGGAAAUAAACAAAAAUAAAAUGGGCAAAUCCAACAGCGGGGUCGAGGCUAUCUGACGCAGCAGAGCGUUCUCCUCGGCUCUCCUGCUUCAGAUAAGCCUCGACCCCGCUGUUGGAUUUACUUAUUUAUUUUGUUUAUUUUUUCCAUUAAAACCUAGUUUUUCUGCCCCUGGCUUUUGACUGUGGCUGAGGCACUUUUUGGCCACCGCUUGCAGGGUGCAGUCUAGCUUCCCACGCACCGCCUCCAUUUCUAACUCGGUCACCUCCAUUGCUGGGGUCGCCUAUCUUUAUUUUCUACAAACUUCUUGUAUGACAAUUUCUUCCGUUGUCACCUCAGCAUUGGGUGAAGCAGUUCCUUCCUGCGUGACAUCCCCGCCCUCCCCUCUCCAGCCCUCUCUGAUUGCAUUUCUCUCAAACGGCACAGGAGUGAGUGGCAAGAGACUCUUCUCCCCCUCCCGGUACGUUUUUAACAGCGAUGGAGUGUGUGGCUUGGCAGUAGUAUACCACAAUCUUCCAGUUUGCUGCUGUUGCAACUGAGAACAUGGCGGUUGAGUUCAUCCACUCCCUGCGCAGCAGCUUAUUUAAACAGCCUGAAUAGUUUUAGCCCUUUAAGGGACAGCUGCAUUGCUUCUGCCAUUCCUCUCCUGGUUCAUGGAGUUGACAAACAGAGAGGGAUUGUGAGCCUAUUGUUCCUCCUCCUAAUUAACCGGGUGGCAACAGAAUGUAUUGAGUUUUCCUUUCCCUCUGUGUGUGCCUAUCUCUUUCAGUUAGAUACGGAAAUGGAGGACGAUUGGAGUGAGGGUUCAACCCAUGAGGAACCCAUAUCUGUGAGGCUAUUUCAAGAGGCCAGCGCCUCUAUUCUGAAGCGCAAAAUAAUGCAUGCUCUUGAGUUAACUUCUCAAUCAGAUAAAGCUACAUUUUCUAAGCCAGAGAGUGAUGUGUCUUUGUUAACUGACAGUCACUCCUCUUCCAAUUUUAUGCUAGCUCCUUCUAUUUUGAAGGCUGUAACCAAGGCUGAGCUUGACGCUCCUAUGCGUUCUAAAAAGAAUACUAUCUUGGCAAACAAGUUAUAUUCCUUAGUAUUUGGCUUAUAUUAAAACCCCGUACUAAAUCUUUCCUCUCGGAAUCUGGUUCCCCAUAAGGGGGACGCCCCACUCCGUGACAUCACAGACAAAAGACUUGAGUGGUAGUGACUUGUUAUGGUAUGUCUCACCCCAUUGGUUCCAGCAUCCCACAAUACAAAUAGAACAGUUGGUCUUACCUGGUGGAGAUUUGGGAGUGGGAUGCUGGAACCAAUGGGCCCCAUCCUGGGGUGCUUCACACUGCACUGAUGGAGGUUUAUGGCUUGUCAGUUCUUUAUUUUCCUUACUCACAGAUACCUAACACUGUUUCUUUCGCUUCAUUGAGCCGAGAGAGAGAGGGAAAUAGGCAGGGAAUUUUAUUCUUUCAGGACUUGGUCGAUACUUGCUGCUUGGUGAAUCCGAAAAGGUGAGGGGAACAAGCCUGUUUUCCGCAAAGCUUUGCUCCUGCCCGCAUCACCCCAUUGGCUCCAGCAUCCCACUGCCAAAUCUCCACUUCAGGUAGCACCAAUUGUUCUUUUUCAAGUCCUGUCAUUAAUUGGCCUGACUUCUGGUGAAAACACUUAUACUAAGGUGUGUUGGCAAUGGAUAAAAGAACAUUGUUAAGAAAAUGGAGAUUUGGGUGAUGUUUAUAUUCUUAUGGUGUGCACACACUUCUUUUAUCGCAUUGUUAUCUUUGAUCAAACAAUCUUUGCCAUGUUUUUGAAACAAUAUGGAAACCUGUUUUCCUUAGGCAAAGUGGAAUAAAUGUUUACAACAAAAGAUAGCAACUCUGCUUUCCAGGUGCUAACUUUUUGAAAUAAAAAGCUAUUGUCGAAUUCCAACUAAGCCAACUAAUUACAGUUGCUCAGAGCAGACCCACUGAAAUGAAUGAACCCAAGUCCGUUAAGUUUCCCGCCAGGGCACUGCCCCACCCCUCCCCACAGGAUUCUGCCGCCUGAGGCAGGCUGCUUCCCUCUGUCUUAAGGGCAGGCUGGCCCUGGAUUGGGAGCAACUGAGGAAUAAAUAUACAUCAUGAAAUAUAUCAUGUUUUGGUAUCCACCCUAAAACUGUCAAGGUCUGAUUAAGAAAAGGAUCAACCAUCUGGUAUUGCUGAGAGCCUGAGGGGCAAAAUGCAUUUUCUCAUGAAGAAGAGUAGGUCUUUUACUCCAUGAUUAAAGAGAAGGUUUGGUGUAUCGGAUACGGUGUGGGAAGCAUGAAACUCUGGCUCAGCUUAAAUAACGCUUUUUACCUUUUUGAUUAAGGGCUUGUAUAGCCUUAACAGUUUGUUCUGUUGCCUUUUGGCAGGGAAGGAAGACAGCAGUAUUGUGAACAUAUGUCAAAAGCCAAGAAGUUUGUAUGCACAUCUACUUUGUUGUGCCAGGGAAGUAAUAUCUAGGACAGGACUUGGUCUUUGAAAAGAGAGAGAGAAUGAGAGAGAUAAGAGAAGGGAGAGAAGUUUAUUUGCAUCUUCUCCCAUCAAGGUGUAGCUUACCAGGGGUGCAGUCCAACUGUCUUUCAGUAAAACAUGAUGACUUCAUUGCAUAUUAACAAGUAAGGGUUUGUUGCAUGCCAUACAGUGCAACAAAAUGAAACAUCUCGGAAUCUGUUCACACAAUAUUUUACUUGUACAUGUGAACAGUCCUGACCAUUCUCGGGCAUGUGUCCUACAGACAAACAUAAAUGUGUACAAGGUGAUUAUGGAGAUGGCUGGCAGCAGUUCCCAUCACAUGGUUUAUGUGGCACAUUUGUCCAUCUAAGUUAUAGCUGAGGAUGCUUUUUCAUGUACAGAACAAUAUUGUGCGAACCAGUCCUCAGAGAGCUUUAAAAAUAAAGUUUGAGGAACUUGUGAAAAUAUCUAAAUUCAAAAAACAGAACGAAGUACUAAUGCUGCUGUAGAUACAUUUGUCAUCAUGGAGGCUGUAUUAUACACUUGUAUGAAUUUUGUGUUGUACUCAGCAGUGAAGUACAAUAAUGGAAGCCUAACAAAUUAUUUAAAAGGCUUGGUAGUCUUUUUAAAAAUUAAGAAAGAGAGGCUAAUUUGACUGAAAUCCACAACCCACUUUUUCACUUUAUUAGGAAUACUAAACAAUUAGGGUUGUUGUUGUUUUUUAAAAAAAGGAGUGAAGCCUAAUAGGCUUAAAUAGUGUUGAGGACUCAGAAUCCCCCAAUGCUGUUUUAAUGGCAAUAUUUCCAACCUGUUGUGAAACUUGUGAUGUUUCCUUGAAAGGAAGAAUGAAGUUUUCUUGCUUAAGCAAAAAAUCUUUGCUAUGAUGUGACAAUAGUUUGAUUUGUGAACCCUAGAGCCAUAUAUUAUUUUCAAUUCAAUACCAUCCUUAUUCAGAGACGAUUUGUGGUCUAGGAAACCGUGGAAGCAUUUUUGAAGCAUCCUUCUGUGAAAGAUGAUUCAGAUCUUGAGGGAAGAACAUCUUUUAUGUGGGCUGCUGGGAAAGGCAGCAACGAUGUCAUCCAGACAAUGCUGAAUUUAAAAUUGGACAUUGAUAUCAACAUGGCAGACAAAUAUGGUGGCACAGGUAAGAAAACUAACAUACUUUUGAAGUUCUUAUAAACUUGGUAGGUGCACUACUGUUUUGAACACUCAUGUAUGCAAUAUGAAUUCUAGAUUCUCUAAGGAUGCAUUGUACAAGUAUUGUACAAUGAGCAAAAGAUUGUAUUGAGCAAAAUAGGAUGGAUUGUAGAUUAAUCAAAAGGGAGAAUAGUUGCUGUAGGUUAAUGCUAGAAUCCCUCCCCCAACCCCCAUCCAAGAGGGACUAUUAUGUCUUGAACAGCAGUUUCCCUCCAAGCUGCAUGGCAAAACUGUUUUGGAAACUGAUAGAAGUUUCAAAUGCAGUCCAUUUUCCUAAUGGCACUGAGGAGGUGGGGAACGAUUUUUGCGUUCAAGCCUUUGGACACAGCUAAGGCAGCUCUUCAGAACCUGGUCUGAAAAUUCAAAAAAUGUGACGAUAAAUGGAGAUAAAGUUUACUAACUAAACUAUGACUGGUUGAUAUACAGAAUCAUUGGAUAUACAACAUGAACAUGGCCAUAAACCUUUGGAUGGCCAUAAAUCUUUUUUAUAGAAUAAGUAUAAUAUAGCUAUGAUUAAUGAUUAAAGGAAUGUUAAACAUGAUGGUGAUAUUAGGGAUGAAACUUUCUGAAUCAAAGAAUGCCCCCAGACCAUGGGCUUGCUCCAGAGGAACUGCCGUACCAUCUAGAGCAGGAUGCACACCAAAUUCCUGGACACAGACACUGCUGACCAAUAAUGCUACCCUCUUUUCAGGAUUGAGCUUCAGUUUGUUGGUCAUUAGUACUGCCUCCAGAAAGCAAUUUAGAAUUGAUACCACUUCAUCUGGUUCAGAUAGAAUAGAAAAGUAGAGCUGGGUGUCACCUGCAUUUUGAUGGCACCAGGUUCCAAAUCUCUAGCUGUCCAAAUCCAGUGGCUUCACACAGAACAUUAUCAGAUGCUUGUAUUUGACAUCUCACUAGAACCUGCACUAUGUGUAGUGUCAAAAUCGUGUCUUAUCCUCCAAAUGCCUUGCAAAUUUGUCACAGCAGGCAUCAGGUUUGUGAUAGCUCCUAGCUGUGACUCAAAAGUCAGCAGCUCCCUCAAAAUUCUUGAAAGCUCUGCUGACCUGCUGAGGAGUAAUGGGAUAUUCUUAUGACAUUUGGAACCCAAGUGUCAGUUGGUUAGGAGAGAGAGAGAGAGAGAGAGAGAGAGAGAGAGAGUUUUGUUUCAGUUAGUGUAUUUGUUAUAUGUAUAUUUGUAUUUGUAUGUUUGCUGAGUGAGGCAAGUAUGACAAUGUAAGGCAAUUGUAUCUGCAUACUUUAUUGAACAGAUAAUUUCCUAUGCUUAUGUAUUUAGUUAUUCUUGAAAACUCAAUAAAAAAAAAUUUAAGCUGCUGGAUAGUUGCUCAAUGACACAAUAUUGGUAGCAAAGUGAGCCACCUUUGCUGCCAUCACUGUCACAUGGUAGAUUCAAUUAUGUUCUCUUUUCUGUGUUUGGUCGGUCUUGGUGUGAGUCUUGCACUCUGUCAUCCAACUGCUUCGUAGUUCAAAGUUCCACAGAAAACCACUGAACUUUGGACUUCUCACCACUGGAGAGGGUGCCCUGUCAUGGCUCUUUCCAUCUCACCAUUCUAGUGAGACCAUAGCUUCAACAAGAGCACCAGCAAUGUUUGGGGAGUGGCAAGCCGCAGGUGCAGCAGUUCUGCACUCCUAGCCAACCCUUGCUGUUAAAAUUAGACACACUCUCUCUCUCGGGGAAGUUUUACUGUUUAACCACACAGAAUUUCCAUAAUCAUGUCUCAUUUGGCGAUUUUAAAUUUGGAAGAAGUUGGGCUAAAGUAUAUAUUAUCCAUCUGCACAUGUUUCCAAAAGGGUCUGUGAUACGGAUGCUAAGAAAUUUGCUUAGUUGAACCCAGAUCUACCAUUGCAUUUGAGUCCAUUCAAUUCAAGUUUUAAUAGAAUUGCAAGACAUUUGUUAUUGUCUAGCAAAAUGAUACCAAGGGAAAAGAAUGUCGAUUAGUAUCGUAGGAGCAGCACAGGGGCAGCUUUAUAACUUUGCCGUCACUAUAUACAAUGGAGAGGGAUCUAAGUGUUGGUGGGACAAAGGUUUCAUUGUGACCAGCUGGCUGAAGAAUCUCUUCAGUCACUGUGACUCCCUUCAAGAAAAAUGAGCUUACUAGGAAAUACUGAACAGAGGCUUGGAAGCAAGUUGCCUGCGUCAGAAUGAAUGAUGGAGGGGGAGAAACCAGGCCUUGCUGACAUAGCUGCUCCUUUAUUUAAAUGUAUUGUUGCAAACAUCUCAUGCAUCAACCAGUUGAGUAGUUUACUGCCUUGUGCUCCACAAGUGUAGUGCUGAAAAACAGGAUCUGGAAUGUACAGUAGGGUCAGACCAUGCAGCCAAGUUCUUGCAGCAGGUGGCAUUUUUGCCAGACUUCUUUUUUCCUAAACAGCCAGUAACCCGAUUAGAUUCUUUUCACCAACGUAGCUUAAACUGUUUCAUCAGCUAGUGCAAUUUAUUUAGUGAUAGUAUUAAGAACACAUAAGCUGUAUGCAUAGGUUAGAAAAUAAGGGAAGAUGAGUGUAAAUUCCCCUUCUUGCCAUAGUGUUUAAGUUUUGUUACAUUCACAAUGCUAACUGCUCUCCUCUAAUUUUUACAUGCCCUGUUUUUUGUCCAUCUUUCAGCAUUACAUGCUGCUGCCCUUUCUGGCCAUGUCAGCACCGUGCAAUUGCUGCUAAAACACGAUGCCCAGGUAGAUGCUGCUGACGUCAUGAAGCACACUCCCCUAUUCCGUGCCUGUGAGAUGGGACAUAAAGAAGUGAUACAGACUCUCAUUAAAGGUCAGCUGUGACACAUUUAUAGACUUGUUCAUAGAAACACUGCUGUCUUCAGUUUUUGAAAUGAAAUAAACAGCAAUGACAGACAAGAAGAAAGUGAAUCCCCAGUUGGCACAGGAAGAGAGUUGAAAGAAGGUAUUUAUCAUGCAUCUACAUUGAAAGAUCAGGGCAGAAAAUUAGAUCUUCCACCAAAAUACUUCCUAAAGCUACAUUUGAGGUAAAUUUGGAUUAUGCUGAUCCUUUAGAUUGAUAACAUUAGAUUAAUGUGGAAGAAGUUGCCUCUGAGUUUGUCAUUGGCUGUUUGAACAGUAUUUAUAUGUCAUGUUUUAAAACUAACUGAGAGGGACAGUUUGUCAUUGAGCCUAAACUUCACAUUUGACACAAAGCUAGUUUUGCAAUUUGUUUCUGAAAAACUCCCUCUCUCCAUUAACUCCCAUAAAUAAUACUGGAAUUGGCUUCCAGCCAGGCAUUUUUGGUUAGGCAAUCUUUAAUUCUAAAACUUUUUCUGGUCUUUGCCUAAUGGGGCACAAAUAUGCAAAUCUUCUGUCAUUGUGUUAGGUGUAGUGUUGCCUUUCUGGAGCCAACAGGCAAAGCUCUGUAUACUCUACUAAAAGAAUUUGACAGUCAUAUACAAUCAAAAUUCUUCACCAAGAAAAACUGAAUUUUAUAUAAAUCAAGGAAAUAUGGAUAGUUUAGCUUAUUUUGUAGUUGUUACUAUUUACCUAGUUUAUAUUGAUUUUUCUAAUCAUGGAGAAGAAGAGGAGCUAUGAAGCCGCAACCUCUGGAAAUCUCAUUCAGCUACUCCGCUGCCUCUGAAAUUUCAGCAGGUAUUGCCCAUAUACUUUCAAGAAUAGCUUCCAAGCCCAUGUAGGUUAGAAGCAUGUCUGUGUUUUAAUUAAGACCAGUGUUUUCAGGAAGCUGAAUUCUGUGGCUAGUUCUGUCUUUUGUGUUGCUGUGGAAUUGUGGCACUCCUUUUUAGACUGUUUCUUGUGUUUUGUAUGGUUUUAUAAGCUGCUGCUAGAAUCAGGCGUCAUACAGCGCUGGAUAAUAAAAAAAUCUAUUAUUGUUGCAGGAGGAGCAAGAGUUGAUUUGGUUGACCAAGAUGGCCACUCUCCCUUGCACUGGGCAGCUCUGGGAGGAAACCCUGAUGUUUGCCAGAUAUUGAUAGAAAAUAAAAUAAAUCCAAAUGUACAGGAUUAUGCAGGUAGAACUCCAUUGCAGUGUGCUGCCUACGGAGGCUACAUUAAUUGCAUGGUGGUGCUGUUGGAGAAUAACGCAGAUCCAAAUAUUCAAGAUAAUGAGGUACAUGUCUCCUUUUUUGUGCCUUUGUAAUAUGAGAUCAAAACAGUGCUGUUGAAUCUUGCUUUUCCCACCACUGUUAGAGAUAACUUCUCUUUGCGUUGUUACCAAAAUGUGAAUAUGACCAAAGAUGGCGUCUCCUUGGGGAUCCCUGUCCCCAUCUCAUACUGUGACAUUGCAUGAUGGACUUGCCACGUGAACUGAGGCAACCCCCUAGGGAAUUUUCCUAGCCGCCACCACCACCACCAGUGACUUGGGAUGCGAAUGAUAGGGAUGCCUCACAUUACGUGCAAAUGGUAGUGGAAAACGCAAAUGGAAUGAGUGCCAUACAGUGACCAGGGGCAGUUUCAUUUAAUUGUGCCAAUAAUUUCCCCUAGUUGCUGCAGCCACAAUAUAGGCAGGGCUGGCCCACCCAUGAGGCAGGCCGAGGCAGCCAUCUCAGGCAGCGGAAGCCCAAGAGGCAACAACCCCCCCACCAUUGGCACCCUACCCACCCCACUGGCAGAGAAGUGGCAGCAGUGGUGGUUUCUGGUGAGAUCAUGUGCACUCCAUGAAAUCUCAUGAGAUCUCACCUGAACCUGCCAUCGUUGCACUGCCUUUAAUAAUAAGUAGGAGAAGGACUUGUGGAUUUUUAAAAACAAUUUAGACGAGUUAAGAAUUAUAUUCAGUUUUUAAUUAGGUACAUAUUUUAAUUUUAAAGACAGCAUCUGAUGAAGAGCAUCUGAACUCAGCACACCAGGAUCUGAUGGUUAUGGCUACAAGAUCAUUGAUACCCACUUGCACAUAAUUCAGUUUGCAAUUAGUAUAAUCCUUUGAAAUUAGCACCAGCAGUUCUCAUUGUCUGUUGGGAGAGAGACCGGGAAAAUGUGUUCUUUUAAUCCUCCCCAGCUUCUCAGCCGCUUUUGAUACCCUCAACCAUGGUAUUCUUCUGGAGUGGUUGUCCAGGUUGUCCAUUUUGUGAUGGACAGGCGGCUGGCCUGGUUUUAUAUAUAUUCAAAAUAUUGUGAUUUGAAUUUUGCUAUAGCGCUGACAUACCAACAGAUCAUUUUUAUAUUUGCACUGAAGUUUCAGAAUAUAAAGCAAUUAUUUUACAUACUUUUCAUCUGCCCUACUGAUUAUAGGGAAGGACAGCAUUACAUUGGUUGUGCAACAAUGGUUACCUUGAUGCUAUAAAGUUGUUGCUGGGAUUUGGUGCUUUUCCUAACCAUAUGGAGAACAACGAAGAAAGGUAUUGAAUAAUUUGUCUACUAUCUUUAUGUUCCAUCUUCUUGUUUGUUUAAUGCAAAGUGGUAUAGCAUUGCAGAUUAGGAAGCCACUGGUUUGAAUUUUGUCCCUCAUGAUUUUUAAAAAUGUUUCCUCUUCCAUUGGAGAAGAGAAUUCAGUUGGAGAAUCAAUGGGAGAUAAAAUGGAGGGAGGUACUUGGAUAGGAGUGAGUCUCAACUUUUCUCCAAUUUGGGGGUCUAUUGGGGGACCAGAAUUGCCUUGAGUCCUUCAGAUCCUUGCUGUUUCCCUGAUAAGGGAUGGGUUUUUAGGUGAGAACUAUAUUUACACAAAUUAUGUAAAGCAUCCCAAUAUGACAAUUCACAGCCUGAUUCUUAGAUUUUAAAGUCACAUUAUGCAAGUUGAGAUUCCAUGAGUAACCUUUCAUAUGCAAAAUACUCUCCUGAAAGCAAUGUGAUUAAUGAUAAAAAGAGAGCUAAGCAGACCUGUACUGUGAUAAAAUUAAUUGACCACAUUUUAGAUUGGAACUUUAAAAAUUAUUAAUUGAACUGGUUAGCUGUAAUAAAUGUUUAUAGAUGUUGUUUUUCAGAAGAGGCCAUUCCAAGACUCAUCUUGGAUCUUGACAUUCAAAUCUCUGUGCUCUCUUCUUUGUCUUAUAAUUUCUAUUGACAUUUCAGUUUGAGACACUCUAAUCUGACUAUCAGCCAAUCACCAUGUGGCAAGUCUAAUUUGGUUGGCUUUGUCUCUUUUCUUCUGUAUUUUCCUGUAUUGUGUCCUUCCUGGUUACCAUCAGGAAGAACUUUAAUUUGACCAUCUUGUGCACUGACACUAACGGUUCAAAUUGAUGUAUCAUGUAUGGAUUGGUUUUGUCUGUAGCAGGUAACUUUAAGCUUGUAGACACCUUUGCCUUGCAUGACUGUUUGUAUAAAUCUAUGGAAUGGGUACUGGCUAUUGUCAAGACAAGUGGACUUGCGCAGAAUGUGUGCAGGAAACAGCUUUUAUUGAGUAAGCUUUAAAAUAAAUGUAAAUGUAUAUAAAUAUUACAUAUAUAUUCAGCCCAGCAGGAAAAUGCUUUUGUUGAAGACCCCAGUCAUUCCACACACACACACACACACACACACACACACACACACACCAGUUUGCAAAAAAAAACAACCCAACCCAUUCCAUAGCCAAUGAAUCCUCAUUGGGCCGUUAGUUUGUUUUCUAAGUGUGCAAUUUAACAGCCAAAUAACACAAGUUCUUAUCCCAAACUACUGUUUACACAGAAGGCAAUAAACAGUUCAAGUUAACCAGAAUGUUUUAUAAUGUGAGGGAAGUCCUCUGUUUUCAUUUUUAUCCCUGUACGUGAAAAAGCUGUUACAUUCAGUUCUAAAGGAGUCUUGUGCUUUCAGACCUUGAGUCAAUUUUAUGUUAUUAUUUUAUUUUUCCAUUUGUCAAAGAAGAUUCCUGAAUUGCACAGGUUUGGACUAGAUGAUUCUUGGUCCCUUCCAACUAUACAAUUCUGUUAAUCUAAUUUCUUCCAGUAUCUUGUUAUUAUUAUAAGGCUGGCUGCUAGUAGAAGAGAAUUCAUUAAAGGUUUAAACUGUAAUUUAAUGCUGUCGCCAUGAAAAAGAUUGAGGGAAGCCAGCUGGAUAUUUAGAUACAUUUUGUCCAGUAAGUGCUUUUAAUUGGACAAAUACUUCCUCCCGGAACUGAGCCCCUUUUCCACGUGUCCACUACAUGUGUUGAUUAGAGCCUAACAUUUCACACCCUCUCCAACAUUUUAGUGAGGAGGAGGGGCUAAUAUGGGCUACCCAUACCAGUGUGAGAUGCCAUUUUUGCAUUAUUUCAAGUACUGCCCCUCUCAUCAAGGCCAGGACUGAUUUCACAGAAAAUUUCCUCCACAUGGAGGUCCACAUCUCCUCAUUGAUAGUCAUCUGUCCAUCACCUUCCCACAUCCACCUUAAACCAUCUGCUGCAACCAUGUCUAUUUGAAACACUAAGCUACUUUUCAGGGCUUACAUGACCCAUGCUUUCUCAACCACAAUACUUCUCCUGCAGUACAAAUGGUGGAUUUUAUUUGCAUUUGUAAAGCAAUUGUAUUUUAAUGUUUACAUACUUCAGGAAAAAACACAAGAUUUUUUUUUCAAGAAAAAGAGCCUGCUACAACCUUUUGCUUUUCGAUGGACACGCUACUUGCACAUUACAUAAAAAUCCUGGAUUUCUAAAGUGUUUUCUCUUGGCAAUAUUCUCAUCUCCAUAAGAAAAGCAGUAAUAAGUUCAAAAUUAGCCAUGAAAUCCUUUCAAAAUGAGCCAGUCUUUCUCCAUUAUCUGAAUCCAGAGAAAUCUCUAGAGAGACAUGCACCAAAACAGACCCCAAAACGGCUUCCCUAUCAAUCAGGAAGUACCUUCUUUGUUGUCUGGAGAAGGGACUUCCUGGAUCAUGUGGCUUUGGGGUCUUCCCUUGGGCUGACAUCUCUCAAUUACUCUUUAGCACUCAUCGGUUACACUCUGACUUUUCUCAUUGGCUGAAAACAAUGAAAGGCAGGAGCAGGCUCUUACUCACAAUGCAGUCGCUUUGAAUGGUGCCUGGGCAUUUUGCCGCAUAACUUUGAUUCUAUAAAGGCUGCAGAUAUUCUUUUAAAAAGCAAAGCUCAGAGUCCACAGUCCCUCUUGACUCUGGGCCUGGUACACAAGUACACCCUCAGGAUUACACCAACACUGUAAUCGUUUUAGGCUGCAAUAACUGGAAACCGUUCAAGCAGCUGUACAAAAUGGAGCUAAGGAAAUAUCCUGUUUUUCUUCUGAAUUCCGUUAGGAGUCCAGAUUCAAGUGGAUGAUAGUGAUCUUAUCCUUAAGGUGCAGGUCACAACAGGGUGCUGAGGGUUCCAACUGAUCAUUUAGGAUCCUUAUGAAGAAGAUUCCUUGUCAGUUGAAAAGAUUCCUUGGUUAGCACUUCCUGAGUACUGUGACGGCAGACAAAUGAUUUGAUUAAUAAAAGCUUCUUGUAUCGAUUGGAAUCAUUUUAUCUACUUCUUCGGAGCAACCGAGUCAGAUGAGUGGGAUACAAAUAACAAAAAUAUUAUUAUUAUUAUAAAUGCCUACUUUUAAAUCACAGCUGCUCUUGAAUUUCUCACCUCUUCUUCUCAAAGUUUCAAGCAUUUGGGCAUUUCACAGCACAAUCCAAUACAUGUCUAUUCAGAAAUAUGUCCCAUUGACUUCAAUGUGACUUACUCUGAAGUAAGUGUAUUAGACUGAAACCUCUGCAUUCACACCCUUCUUUUAUAUCUGCUGCUGUAGAAUAAAAUGAUACUAUUCUGUCCAUUUGGAGAAAGCUAGCCUUGAAAGCAGGCUGUGAAAGCUGGAAGCUAGUGAAGAUGUAAUGGCUCUUGAUUAUUAAAUUGCACCUGCACUGAUUUCUAAUGUUGUCCUGUGGGUGCUGCUAACUGGCUGUGGGAAAAUACGACAUGGGGACAGUUUAGGCCAUUGGGGAGUGUUUAUGCUGCCAUUUAAUGAUGGACCACAUGGUCUGAAGAUGUAGUGGCCAAUGGUUCCAACAGCUGCUACAGCUGAGGGUAGCUAGAAGCCCCUUUCCAGCCUGUGCCCCAAAUACAUGGCAAGGAGAGCCUGAUCCCACCUGCCCAGACACCCCUGCUGCACCACUGUCAAUUUAUCUGCCAGAGAAAACAAGGAAAUUGCAACACCAGUUGCCCUCAUUCCUUGUUUUGUCAGCGAAUCAUUUCCCCUGCUCUUCCCCUCACAAGUGCAAGCAACAUCAGAUCAGCAUAAUUAAUCAUAUAAUACUACAAUAUUCCAAAUCCAGCAAAGCAGUGGGGCUGAUGUACUGUUUGAGAAAGUGUUUUUUGUUUCGUUAAUUACAAUGUUUCCUUGUUCUGUGGUUCAAAUAUGCACUAAUGUUUUAUUACUUUUAGGUACACGCCACUCGAUUACGCCUUGCUGGGAGCUCAUCAUGAAGUAAUUCAGUUCAUGUUGGAGCACAGUGCGCUAUCCAUAGCUGCCAUACAGGACAUUGCAGCUGUAAAAAUCCAGGCCGUCUAUAAAGGAUACAAAGUUAGGAAAGCUUUCCAAGAUAGGAAAAAUCUUUUAAUGAAGCACGAACAGCUGAGGAAGGAUGCCGCUGCCAAGUAAGUGGCGCACAUGUGCAAAAAACCCCAACAAAUAACCUCUUUAAAAUGAAGUCAUCCCUGAAUACCAUUGUACAGAAAAUCUGCUAUUUCUGCUGUUGCUUUUUCCUGUAGGUUUUCUCCCUUUGGCUCUGGAUUCAUUACUUUAAAACAGGGGUCAGCAAACCUUUUCAGCAGGGGUCCGGUCCCCCGUCCCUCAGACCUUGGGGGGGCGGACUAUAUUUUGGGGGGGAAAUGAUGAACGAUUUCCUAUCCCCCACAAAUAACCCAGAGAUGCAUUUUAAAUAAAAGGGCACAUUCUACUCAGGUAAAAACAUGCUGAUUCCUGGACCGUCCGUGGGCCAGAUUUAGAAGGCGAUUGGGCCGGAUCCGGCCCCCGGGUCUUAGUUUCCCUACCCAUGCUUUAAAAGGAUAGGCAUAAGGAGGAGACAAGAAGAAGCAAGUUAAAAGCUACAGCAGCAAAUAAUGAGAUGGUUUUAAAGGAAUGCCUCUGUAGAAUUAGUGGAAUAGAAUACUAGGAGUGCCAGAAAGCUUUAGGAAUGGAGAAUGAAAUAAUAUUAACAAACUAAUAAAUAACAUCAACUCCACCUAUUGAUAUAAACUUUUGAAAUAACUGCACCUAUGUUACUUACACAUUUUAUUAAUUUUAAUAAUACCGUAUAUACUCAAGUAUAAGCCGACCUGAAUAUAAACUGAGGCACCUAAUUUUGCCACAAAAAACUGGGAAAACUUAUUGACUUGAGUAUAAGCCGGUUCACCACACCACAAACCUGGUGGUGGCAGCGGCAGUGGCAGCAGCGGCAGAGGAAGAACAAGCAGCCCCAAAGGGUGCUUUCAGGCUGUUCGUUCAUCCUCCUCCGCCGACAGGGGCAGAGGCGGCAGCAGAGGGACAAGUGGCAAGAAAGGAGCCUUUUCAGGCUGCUCGUUCCUCUGCCGCCGCCACUGACAGCCCGAAAGGGCUCCUUUCUCACCGCUCGUCCCUCCGCCACCGCCCACCUCACUCACGUAUAAGCUGAGGGGGGCUUUUUCAGCAGAAAAAAUAUGCUGAAAAAGUCGGCUUACACUUGAGUAUAUACGGUAAGUAUUUUUACUCAUUGUUAGCCUUCACUCUGACUUAAGGUUGUUUUGUUUUCUGUAAUAUUGGAUUGUGGACAUUAGGCAUAUUCCCACAUUUUCUUUUGCCACGAGGUGACUUUGAACCAGUGGAGAUCCACACAAAUAGAUCCAUCUUUAUGUUUUGGCUUCCCUAGCACCAAUGUACUAGGCAAGGACAGCAACAAUAAAGGAACGUUUGCUGGGAAUAAUGCAUCUGAAUUCAGUGAAGCUGUUGAGUUAGAAUUAUUUAACAGAUCUUGAUACUGUUGUAUUGUGACUCACUAGACACUAGGAGUGACCCAAUACAGAAACUAUUUUUUCCACUUUGGAUAUUUACAGUAGCCUUCCAUGAGUUUCAGGGUUCAGGUCUGAAGCAGAGAGGCAGAGAUUCUCCACACAGUUUAGAACUUUGCACAGUCAGGCUUCUGACUCAUCCAGCGCACCUUCAUGGGUACAGGAGGCUCUCCAGACCUUUGCCCUGAAGCCUGUGGGCAUGUAAAUUAGGUAAUGAUCAGGGAAACACAAUAGGCAAUAUUCUCCCGCUCAUCCUUCCAUAGUUACACAUGAGCAAACAGAAGGCCCAAAUAGGGCUAUAAUCGUGUUCCAGUUUAGCAGCAGGGGCCUCUAGCCCUGGGAAUGCAUCACGCCCAGUCUGAUUGGGUAUCUUAUUUAUUGAUGACCUGCACAGUAAUGUGACGUACCUACUACAGUAGUACCUCAGGUUACAUACGCUUCAGCUUACAGACGCUUCAGGUUACAGACUCUGCUAACCCAGAAAUAGUACCUCGGGUUAAGAACUUUGCUUCAGGAUGAGAACAGAAAUUGUGCUCCGGCGGUGCAGCAGCAGCGGGAGGCCCCAUUAGCUAAAGUGGUGCUUCAGGUUAAGAACAGUUUCGGGUUAAGAAAGGACCUCCGGAAUGAAUUAAGUACUUAACCUGAGGUACCACUGUACAGCUAUUUCUUGCAUCGGGCCUACUUGAUCGUUCCUCCACACAAACCAGGCGAUGAUUGCUUGGUUGUGUGUACAUAUGUACAUGAGGGUGGGGGUAUGGAGAGAGAGAGAGAGAGAGUGUGUUUUUGUGUGUGUGUGUGUGUGUGUGAGAGAGAGAGAGAGAGAGAGAGAGAGAGAGAAUAUAUCACAAACACACCUCAACUGAGGCUACUGUUUUCCUAUUUCAUGCUUCUGUUAAAGAGGCUCUAGCUCACAAAAGCUUGUAGCAAAAUACUAAUUAUUUGUGGUCUUUAAGAAGCCACGUGGCUCUUCGUUGUGUUGAAUUGCUCUGUUAGCCAGCCUGCCAGAUGGACUUUGGAGUGACAAGGCUAAGGCUUCUACUGCAGCUGAAUGUACCUUGCUUGUCUUGUUUCCUUUAUGGAAUGAUGAGGGGAGCCCUCGUCUGUGUGCCUCUUUGAAAGAGAAGGAAAUAAUUGUGCCGUGAAUAGCAAGGCCUAAUUUAUCAGAUCAAAAUGGCAGACGGAUCUAUACUGGGUAUGAGACAGACACCCAUAUGCUUUCUGUUUGGUGAUACUAUUAUUUGAGAAUGAGCCACUUCUGUCAGUGCCAAAGGCUGAAUGCUGAAGUGCCUCAGCCUGCCCAGAGUACAGUCUGUGGCUCCGUCAGCAGCUCUUCAUGCACCCAGAUUCAAUCAACUGCUUGAUAAGAUAGCAAUGACAGAUAAAAUUCAGACUCUUCCUUGACACCUUGUACUGACUUCACCUCUUGCUGUUACUUGUGAAUCACAACAACCGAUAAAGGCAUGCCACAUAACUAGCCUGUCAUUUAUCAGCAGUCUACAGCCCAUGUUGCAGCAUUAAAAGUUUAAAAUAUCAGGGCUACAUGUCCAUUUUAUAGUCUUUUUUUUUUUUUACUGCAGCUAGGGUUUUUUUGGUCAUGGUGCAUAAUUUAUUUAUUUAAAUUAAAAUAUUAAUAUGCGAGCAUCUCGACAUAGGGUGAAAUAUAAAACAACAGCAUCAAAAUAUACAAUAUAGUGAAAACCAGAAUACAAUCAAGUCAUCAAAAUUUACUUAAGAACUGCAAACUAUGUACGUUUUGCCUGAAGCGGGGGGGGGGGGGGUUUGUUCCAGAAUGUGAGUGCUACCAGAGAAAAGGCCCUUUUUCUGGUUAUUACCACCCCCCAAACUGUUCCCACAGAAGGAUGAUGACCCCAUCCACAGCAGGCAAAGUGCCUAAUUCCCAGACACAGGAACCACCCACCCACAAGAUUCACCUUCUGUUUCCUGGCUCCGAUCCAGUAGAUUACUGGUCCAGAACCUUCAUUAACACACCUGACUCAGAUGAUACAGAUAACAAGGGGAAUACUGGUGAUACUGUCCUCCCAAGUUUCCUAAUGACUGUCUUAUAUAGUAGAUGUUAAAUAGCAUUGAGAACAAGAUGGCACCUAGUGGCACCCGAAAGCACAAACCCAAUGUUACAAAAUCUCUAAAGCUGAUGGUGAGAACCAAAGGGGGUUCAUCUUUUCCAUCCAGCUUCCUGCUGAGUUCUCAGCAGCAGUAUUGAACCGAGAACAGAGGAGCAAUCCUGCACCUUCUCUCUCCUUUUCCAGGCUUCUUUUUAAAAAGGAAACAUCUCUUUGUUUUCCUGCAUUGCUCCUGGCCUUUCAUAAUUUUCUUACUGGUUAGGGGGCAAGUCGGUACAGGGAAAGUAAGACGGGUAAGGCCCUUUAGUUUUUUCCUUGUAAUUCAAUAGUGUGUUUUCAGUGUUAUAAUUUUCAUGCUAAACUACUUUACAGGGUUGUUCAUCCACUAGAGGAAAAGUGCGGUACAAGAGGGAUUCUUGUUUGUUUGCUGUAAAUUCUCCUGUUUCCAGGAGUGCCUUUCAUUUUAAUACUGUGCUUCAGACAGUUUGAAUGAACAGUAUAAACUAUUGCUUAUAGGAAACGUGAGGAGGAAAACAGAAGGAAAGCCACAGAACUGCAGAAAGAAAUGCGGAACUCCAGGUCCAGCAAGGGCCAGGUUCAGCAGCAGUUCACUUCUGAGACGGAGAAGAGUCCCUUGAGACUUCACACAGCGCAAGGCUGCACCCAGCAAGGGGAUGAUGCCCUUGGUAAAAGGCCUCCCUCUGGGAGCCUGUGUCAAACCCAAGCAGGGAAAGUCAAGAGAAACUCAGCCACAGUCUUGCCAAACAAAGUGACUAGCAAGAACAAACAUCACUCCGAAGAGCUGUUUGGCGAAGAUCAAAAAAAGGAAAUGGGUUUGUAAUCUCAGUGUUGUUGUUGUUGUCAUCAUUAUUAUUAUUUAUUAAAUUUAUAUAUUUGAUUUGUUUCAUUAUAUUUCUAUGCUGCUUUUCAUUCAAAUCAAUCCCAAAGCAAUAAAUAACAAUAGCAUGAUAGAAUAUAAUAGAACAUCACAAGUACUGCAUAAAUCAUAUAGAAUAAUUAACAAAUCAUCAUAUACUGCCCUUCUUCUGAAGAUCAUAGGGUGGCUUAUAGUAUAAAAAGACAAAAUCCAUAAUAUAACAUUGCCAACAAACAACACACACCCCAGACACAUUAAGAAGGCCAUAGAUAAUCAGUCAAAGGGGGAAGAGGAAUGUUUUUGCCUGGUGCCUAAAGAUAUGCGCAGAAGGUGCCAGCUGAGCCUUCCUAGGGAGAGCUGUCCACAGGUGGGGAGCCACCACAAAAAGGCCCGUUCCCAUGUUGCCAUCCUCUGGGCCUCCCAUUGAUAAGGGCUGGUUGCCAUUGAGUAAGGGAUGGGCAGUCUAAGAGCAGCUCAGUCACUGUCUGGCCUGAGUUUUUGAGGCUCAGGAUUAGGGUAGACUCAUGGGUGUAGCCCGGAUUUGUUAGGGGAGGCAGGCUUUAUGUUGCGGGGGGGGGGGGGGAGAAAACAUCGGUUAAGCAUUUUUAUUGAUUUACUUGAUUUAGGGGGGACGGCUGAUCCCAGCCCCCCUUGGCUAUGCCCAUGGGCAGAGUCCACUGCUUUAUAGGAUCAGCUGAAAAAUGAUUGGGCUGUUGUGUCACCUGACCAGUGCAAUGCCAUCCCCUGGUCUUCUGCAGCGCUUGUGUUGCAGCACAGCAGAGAGCAGGCCUACAGCUCCCCACUCCAGCAAGGUGCCUGGUGAGAGCCCAGGGUGUCGUGGGUAGCUAGUCUCCAGUUUCAAGACUUCCGUUUCUUUGCUUUGCUACCUUAAUAUCAAAAGAGGGUGAAACUCACUCCUGGCAUCUCCAGAAGAAUGGGUUUCCUUUUCAUAAUUUUGUGAGCUUCCCUUGCAAAGGAUGUUCCUUUAUUGGGGGUGAUACAAGCCAGGGGGUGAUUUUUGACCUGGAAACUUUGUAUGUAUAUGCUCAAUAAGUGCCAUAACAAUUAAAUAAUUGUUUCAUUAAUUAUAUAAUUAAUAAAACUAUAAUUACAUUUCAUAAGCUCUUAUUGAAUAGAAUAAGGAGAAUAUGUGAUUGCAUGAAUAAGUUCUGUAUUGAAUAGUUUUGAUAAUGCACUUUGUUCCAUGAACUAUUAGAUCUGCAGGUAACAUUAUCAAUGAGCAUGAAUUAAAUUCUUAGCAGAAAGCUGUACAUAAAACAGUUUUGACCUUUUGAAUGCUUUGUUCUCUAACUUCCAUGGUCUUUUUAUUUUAGUUAGUUAUGAAACAUUUAAACAAUGUUUUAAUUGUAAAACUGGGUCCCCUACCUUGACUUCCAAAAACGAUUCCCCUUGAAUACAAUUAAGCUUUUACAUUUAUCCUAACUGUAUUGUGUCUCAGUAUUCGUCAAUCUGACUAACUGCUUUUAGGAAAUUAGAAUUAUUUAAAUUAUUAUUUAUCUUUGUCUCCCAAGAAGUAUCCAGGGAAAACAGCAAAUGCAAGACUGUCUGCGCCCCUUCCCGUUCCAGUAGAGAAAAUGAUGGGCAUCAAGUUGUAUCUGCUGGCUCAAGCAAGAAUGGUAAAAAGCACAAGGAGCCUACUGUGAGAGCAAAUGCCACCUUCACACACGCCAGGAAAAGACACGACUCUAGUGCUAAAGCUGCCUCUUCUGGGGAAAGAUCAGAAAAUCCAAGUCAGUCAUUAAACAACAGUAUAGACCAUUGUGAAGAAACAGGAGUUUGGGUUCAGAAUAGUAAAUGCACUGAUGGAAGCACAAGGAAUUCAAGACACUCUGAGCUGGCCCUUAAAGGCACCCCACAGCAGCAGAAGGCAAAAAGCAAAGAUGACGAGAAAUGGUCCCGAGCUGGGUUCAGCAGACCUGGGAGUGCCAAAGUGAGAGGCGUGAAUAUCAGAAAGGACCUUUCAAGUGCUGCCGUUACACAAACCGGUAAGGUGGCAAAUAACAAAGUCUGUCCUUUGCUGGUCAAUGACGCAAGGACUGCAAAGCUAACACCCAGCAGACGGGCACUGGACAAUGGCCAUGGAGACAGUGCAAAACCCAGCAGGCAAGCUCUAAUGGCACCCAGGAAUUCAGAACAUCAAUUGCACUUUCUUCACUGCAAGAGCCCAGCUACCGAACCUGUCCCUUCAGAGGUCUUGAAGCAAGUGAUUGAGAAGGAAAGGGCAAGAAAGGAGCUCUUCCAAAAGAAGAACUGUGCUGCUGAAAUAAUUCAACGGGCUUGGAGAAGGUACUCAUUUAUUUUGCUUUAUUACAAAUAUUUUUGACCCUUCAUCAGUAUAGAUACAGAGAGGGAUGCAGAACACAAAAUGAAGGCAACCAACCAAAACGUAAAAUAAAGAGUACACAAUAAAAUACACCAUCAAACAAAGCAGAAAAAGCAACAGAGAAUGUUGAACAAUACCCAGCUUACAAAACUCAAAAUGCGGGGACACUUGGCUAUUUCUUCUUGUUUAGCGGAUUUCAUUUUAAUUACCACUUCUCAUUUCAUCAAAUCCUAUACAGUUGUGGCUAUACUUGAAGUUCUGGCAUUCUUUGAUCAACAUGAAGCCAAGCUUGCAGUUGAUAUAUCAAGGGCAGUGGAUGGAGGCCUAUUCAGUAGAAAUCAAGCCGCUAUGCCGAAUGCAUUAGUUCAUCUCUUUUCAUCAUCUAGCCACUUCAUGUAUUAAAAGGACUUGGCAGUGAAGGAUGCAUGACUCAAAUAUCCUCUUUCCAUGUUUUCAGAUAUCAUGUGAAAGGGGAACGUGCAUCUAAUACAUUUUUGAGACAGAACUUGUCCUUGCAAGAAGCCAUGCUGGCUUUUGCUUCAGCAAGACUUGGUCUUCUAUAUGCUUGGUUAUUUUAUGUUUAACAAUACUUUCCACCAGUUUUGCCAGAACAGAUGUUAAGCUAUAUGGCCUAUAAUUUCCAGGAUCCACCUUUUUGUUAUAUUGGCUACUUUCCAGCCUUCAGGUAUGGAGGUUGGAUCUGGGGGAUUAGUUACAUAUUUUUGUUAGAACGUCAGCAAUUUCAUAUUUGAGUUCUUAAAGAACUUUCAGGUGGAUGCUGUCCAGAUCCAUUGAUUUGUCUGUUUUAAUUUUGUCUGUUAUGCCUAAAACUUCCCUCAUCACAAUUGUCUGCCUAAGUUCUUAAGACUUGCCUCCUGCAAGUUAGUUCAGGCACUGGGAUCUGUCCAAAAUCUUCUGUUGUCUCUCUGUUGCUGGUUGGCUGCAGCCAUUUUAGAAGAAGCCAUGGCAGGACUAGGGAGAUAAACGUUCCCAUGGGGAAUAAAUGGAAAUUGCUAGCUUGUUACGUGAAUGCUUGCCUAACAAAUGAUUUCCUGGGAGUGCAUUGUGCUCAAAAAGUGGGAUCUGUGUGUAUGCUCAUGAACUGGUGGUGACAGACCAAGAGGACACAAUAGGUAGCGCAGUGAAGAUGUAGACCCAUGGAAAAGGCAAAUUCCAUGCUUUCCAUUAAGAAAGCAUCUGAAACUAAAUCUGUUAUCAUACAAUUUGAUGGUGCAACUGCAUUUGGAAUACUGUGUACAGUUCUGGUCAUCACGCCUAAAAAAUAAUAGUUGUAGAGUUGGAAAAGGUUCAGUAGAGGGAAACCAAAAUGAUCCAAGGGGAUGGAGCGACUCCCCUACGAAGAAAAGUUGCAGCGUUUGGGACUUGUUUGUUUAGAGAAAAGGUAAGAGGCGAUAUGCUAAAAGCAGGCCUUUGCAGGGUAGCCAAGUACAGUCAUACCUCGUGAUGCGUUAGGUUCAUGUUGCGUCUUUUCGGCUUGCAAACGUGGCAAACCGCGUUGGUAUACUUCCGGGUUUCGCCACGCGUGUGUGUGCAGAAGCGUUCUGCGCGCUUCACACGUGAGCAGAAGCGGCACUCUAGUUAUGGACUUUUCGGGGUGCAAAUGGCACAGAUUGAGUCCGUAACUAGAGGUACCACUGUACACUUGCCUUGGGCCUCGGAGAACUAAGCUGGCCCGGGGGGGGGGGCGCCAUGGGCCAGCUGCCUUUUUUGUUCAAUUUUAUAACUUUAUUCUAAUAAGACUUGUAUGAUAGAAGUAUUAUGCCUGGCAUGGAGAAAGUGGAUAGAGAAAAGUCCCCACCUCUGGUAACACUAGAACUCACGGACUUCCAGUGAAACUGAAUGUUGGAAGAUUCAGAACAAAGCCAAGGAAUUGCUUCUUCACGUAGUGCAUAGCGAUGGCCACCGACCUAGAUGACUUGAUAAGAGAAUUUGACAAAUUCAUGGAGGAGAGGGAUGCCAUUGGCAGCCAGCCAUGAUGGCUCUGCUCUGCCUCCACAGUUUGAGGCAGCAAUACUUCCAAGUACCAGCUGCUGGAAGCCACAGGAGAGGAGAGGGCAUGGGGGUUGAAUUCUCCCUGUGGGCAUCUGUUAGGCCACUGUGAGAAUAGUCUCAUGUCCUUAAGGUGACAUUGUGGCAUGCUGGCUAAACUAGGAGCUAAGUUCAUUCCUUGCAAUCCAAACAUGGGCCUAUCAAUAGAUGAAACACACAGUUAAUGUCUAAGUUCGUGGUUUUUUCCUUCAAGCUUCCUAGUCCCUGUUCUUUCCUGCCCUUGGCAAUAGUUUAAUUGUAGCAAAGCAGAUAUAAAAUGCAUGCAAAACGAACACCAGGUCACAGAAAACAGCUAUCAACAUUAUUUUACCACAUCCCAUCAUAAAUACAAAAUUAAUGGGUGAUAUAGAUCCAGAUCUUCACAAAUCUAUGUGUUGUCCAGUCCUUAUUAUUCAUCUUUGCCUUUCCUCUGAGCUAAACAACUACCAAAAUAAACUGAACUUCAUGAGCAAUGUUUCCAUGCAGGAGAUCCACAAUGCAAGCAGGGGUGGCCAGUUAGCUACAGUAGACAUGUUGUGGUGUAACAACUGAGUAAGGUGGCAUGUAUCUCUAUUACUAAACAUAAUUAGUAGAGAUUUAUGAGCAUCAACAAAACCGAAAUAAUACUAUUUUAAUAAAAAUAAUGCAAACCAUGUUUUGGCACUUUUAAAGACUAACAGGCUUCCUAUGGCACAAAUGUGGUUCAAAACCUGAAUCACCCAAUAGUUUGUAGAUCAAAGGUCUGGGAGAAGAGCGCAGCAUGGACACGCCCCAAAAAGACCCUCAGGAGGUGGGACCUGCUAGGCUGUCAGUCUGAUUGAGUUUUCCCCCCUUUCUGGAUUAGAGGUUCUUCGUAAUUAAGACAAAACUUAAAUACGUGCCUGGCAAGCUUAAAGUUUGAUGUUAGUUAUAUCAAAUUAAUGGAUCUUAUUACUUAACUCAGACCUUCCUUUGCUGAAGAAACCUCUUUAUCCCACAAAAGGGAUCCAGUUAAGGGGGAAUUUUGUUUUCCCAGUUGAUAAUGAAGUGAAGAGGUUUAUGGGAAACUUUAGGGUUGGUAAGAGGACACUUAAAAAUGAGCAUUCCCCUCUUUCUUUUCUUCUUCCAGCUACCAGUUAAGGCGACGGUUUCUUCAGCUUUUUAGUGUCAAGCGGCUGUGCAAGGACAAUGAAGAGAAGUGGCAACAAGAAACAGCUGCCUUUUGCAUUGAGGUUGCUUGGAGGAAGCAGCUGAGCCAAACCCCUUUGAAAUCAAUUUCCUCCAGCAAAAGCCUUAAGUCCACGAACAAAAGCAACUCAGCUUUAAACUCUACACAGAAGCCAUCCACCUUGAAGCAGAUAUACGGUAGGAAAGCAUUUUCUUGGGUACUUAUUUUAAGGAGUUAAGGAUUGCAUUUGCUUGUGUCAUAUUCUCCAGUUAAAAAUGUUGGAACAUAAUGCAACUCCAGCAUCAUCAGAAAUGGAUAUAUUUGUCCUGCAGAUGUACACUAUCUGAAUAUAUUUGAAACAGAGCUGAGAAUCCACUGCCCACAGCUCACAGGAACCUCCUGCUCUUCACCCUGGCCAUUUCCUGAGAAGUAAUUAGGCUUAAAAAAAAAUACAAAGGCUCCAUUGGUGCCAGUGGAAGCUUUGUAAAAACCUAACUGGAGUUCAGGGUGUUGGGAGGGGUUUUUUGAGAAGUUAACUCUUCCCUGCCUCUCACACUGAGACCCCCAACAACAUAAAAACCCAAGCGUCAUUUAAGCUGUUCUGUCUUCCUGUUCAGGUGGCAUUCUCAGAGGGCAUUGCAGCGGGUCUUAAGAGUAAGGGUGGCAACAAAAGGUUAAAUGAGCAUGCUAGCAGUUGUAUUUACACUGUUCAGUUUUGUUAUGUCCCCUUCUCUAAAGCUAAACAAUAACUACAGUAGAACAAAGAGUGAAAAAUGUAGAAAUACAAGCACAAAUGUUCACACUUGAUUUGAAAACUUGUUCUUAAAGGGCGCUCUCAAGAGGGAAGAGUGUAUCAUCCAGUGAGACCUCCUUCUUCAAAAUACAAGCUUUCUGAACUACAGAUACUAUCAGGUACCGCUUGUUGGCCUAAAAAUCAAAAUUGGUCGAUAGCUGAUGUAUCCUUAAUUAAACGUGAUAUAUUUGGUUUAGAAUCAGAAUGGGCCAAACAACACCAGAAACAACUUCAUUCCUUCGGUUUUAUUGAUCAGAUCCAUUCACUAGAUUAGGGGGUGGACUUGCACUUUCUUUAUUUAUUGCUACAAAAGUUUGUAGAUUUUGGAUUAAACCAACAAUCGGGAAACCUUCCUCAACAAAAGUUGGUCAGUUGAUUAUUUGGAAUUGGGAUGAACAUUUAACAAUAUGCUGUAGAUGGCUGCAAAUUACAGUGGUAUUGUUCCUUAUUAUUAAAUUGUAGUGUAGGGUAUUAACUGAUUUUGAUGACGCUGAAAUGUUGAUCUCCCUUCUAGUUUUCACCCUCCCAGUUAACUUGCUGUGACUGGAGGCCUUUGUAAUCUCAGAAAGGUUCUUUGUUGUGCCCUCCUGAAUAUAGCUUGGGGAGUUAUCAAGACUUUUCACCUGCCAACUUUCACACAGCCAUCUAUGCAGGACCUUAAAACUUCCUCAAAUGUUAAUUCAACUUGUGCCCCCCUCCCCAGUCUCCCCCUUGAGUUUUCCAUACAGUCCAAUUGUAGGCCUUGCAAUUUCUCGAUGCAUUUGCUUUUUCAUAACUUGGUGAUGAGUAAGACAGUGAUAGGGAUUUUGCCCAGUCUGUUCAGAACAGUACUUUCAUUCACCAGAUGGUGACUCAGGAAACUUUUGCCCUGUCUAAAGAUGACGGUACAUUUUCCUUUAAGCAUGAGGUUUUUCAAAGAAGUUCAGAAGCGUCAGCAACCAGAGCUAUAUAGGGUGUAUCUGACACGUUUCUAGAGCGAAUUUGAUUCUACUUGAUGUGUGUCACAGAAGUGAUCUAAAAGGUAAACCAGAAUUCCCUUUAAAAGUAAGGCAUCUUGUUGAGAAGUGGAAGAAUUCAGUUGGUGUGUAAGUGCCAAAGGCAGGGGACAGAUACCAAUAAAAAUCCAGCUUAAUUUUCUUUUAAACUUCUGCUAAGCUUGAUUUGGAACAUGCUUUCAAAGCCCAGACCUCGCACACUUAGUGCGAGAAUCCUUAAAAGGUAACUCAAGAUUCAUAAGAAUGUAAUAAAAAUUUACACAUUUUUGACCUAUAAUAGAAUAUAUUGCAACUUGACUAUACUUAGCUUUAAACAUUGAAAAAAAUAUGGUUGUGUUUGUUGCAUUUCCAAUACCUAUAUACAGCACUUCUUACUGGGCAAAGGAGUAAUGAUUCCUCGAGUGAUAAAAAAUUUCAAGGUGCAGUAUAACUAAUAGUGGUAAACAGUACUAUUUUUCUAGAAAAAGGGGUGCUUGAACUCGCCAUGAAUGCCUCCCUUGUUCUCUUAUAAUGGCAAUGGCACCACCUUAGAGGUGCUGGAACUGAGUUUCAGCUGAAAAAAAGCCCUAGUGGUAAAUAAACGUUUUAAAUAAAACUUUGCAGAUGAGUAUUAUAAUGGUAGUGUUUGAACACGAUAGGCUAACCUAAAGAGCAAGCAGAAAUAAAUGUAGGUUCCUCAAGAAUGGUUUAAUGGUUUUUGGUUGGAUGAGGCAGCUUUAAGUAGCUCUGUCUGGUGCUCAAUACAAGUUUAUUAAUGAGAGAACUGUCAAGUAUUUUCACUCCUUGUUGGCCAAACAUACUAAUUUGUAGUUGCUUUGCAGAAAAUGGAUUGCAGUACCUUUGCCUGCUGGAAAACAAAAGGAAAUUUAGACCAUUUUCAUCCAGUAUGAAACCUACAACAACAGUAAAAAUGAAGCACACCAGAUCAAGGCAUGAAAGCAAGACUGACCUAUAGCCUAAGAGGAGAACCUAUCAAUUAUAUAUGGACAUAUUAAAAAUUACCUUUAAUAGUAUUUUCAUCAUUGUAUUCACCUAAGUGAUCAUAAACAGUUCCAGAUUCUGAAAACUUCCACUCUCGAAAAACAAUAAAAUCCAUUAAACUUUACAUUAUUGAAAACUUUCUGCUUACUGAGUGAAGUAGCAACAACUAGAAUGCUCCCACCGUCACCAUAUAAAUAAAAUGAAAAAACACACAACCAAUUUUCUCAAGGUUUGAGUAGAAUUCCUUUUUUUAAUCAGUAAAAUAUACAAGGCCCAAAAGGUUCACAUCAGCCUGGCAGCUGAAAUCCUCAAUGAUUUGCUCCUUCCUUCCUUCCAAAAGAAGCAGAUCUGAACCAACAGUACUCAAGACACCUUGCUCAAAAGUAGUCACAAGUCAGCAGUUCCACGCUGACAGAUGAAGUCAUUAUCUUUUGUCAAACCACUGCAUUCGCCAAAAUAUCCAACAGGUUUUGCAGCUCUCUGCUAGUUUGGACAACUCUGGCUUGAACUUUGUGAAUGAUGAAAAUGAGCAAGGAUGGCAAAAUCUCAGGUUAAUAAUAAAAAGAUAGUUAAGACAAUCCUCAGUUUUAUAAGAAAAAUAAUAUGCAAAAGGAUUUUAUUUUUUUUACUACAUACAUCAAGAAUAAUGUGUUACAAAACUUGCCUGGGGCGGGAGUUGGGAGGCCACCCAAUGAAACUGGCAUUUUUCCACAAUCUCUUCAUUCACUCUAGCCAACGUAGUGUUCACUCUCCUCCAGAAGCAGCUUUUAAAAUGCCCUAUAUCCCUUAAGGGGUAGAGCAAGAACCUUCCUGCACAGUUCUCUUCUGGCCUCUGCAUUAGCAGCAUCCCCGUGAAAGUUCCUCCCUGCACGCUUAUGGGGCAGCUGCUAUUUGCACUGGAAAGAAAUCCCCCUUUGCACCAGCUUCAGACAAGGGAUUUUCCUCAGGAUCACAGCAGGAGGGAAGUGGAAGCUUCCCCUCCAGGCCUGCUGCAAUUUCAGAAGUUGUCAGUCUUACCAGCAGACACUUUCCGCCUUUGAAACACAAAGACACGUUUUACAUCAUGUAUAGUUUGGCCCUUAGUGAUGGCAGCAAGCUGCUCAGAGCCAGCUGCUUUUGAAUUUUUGGUAAAAAUACAGGAAAAGUAGCUUUUUACAUGAAAAAGUCUUUUUAAUGAAAUGUAACUUCAAUUUCCACAGAAAAUUGACAUUUUGCACUGAGACCCGCAAUCAAAUGCAGUCGUUCUCUUUAAUAUACUGUGUCAGCUGCACCAGAUCCUGGGGGAUGUGUGGCUAAGUAUAUAUUGUAAUAGUAAUGGAGGUCUGUCAGCCACUGGUCUUGAGCUUCGCCACUCUUCAAUACCUAGAAUCAGAAAACAGAGUUACUGCUUGGAAUUUUUCAACAUACCCUUGCUUCUGACUUUUUAAAAUAAAUAAAUAUAGUUUUAUUGAUUUCCUAUAUACUGUAUAACAAUUACAAAAAGAGAGAGAGGAUACAAAAACAAAAUCCCCCUUGCCUUCCUCUUGGACAGAUCAAUCUAGUUAAGUUUGCCAGAGUCCCAAUCUGUGAUUUUGGUAGUUGCCAUUCUUCGGGACUAUCAGUAAAGUAUUUUAUAUAAGGAUGCCAUAUUUCAACAAAAUCGUCUACAUCUUUUGUAUUAUUCAAUGCAUGUAAUCUUUGUUAAUUUUUCUGAUACAGCAACAGCCCAUACAUUCUGUUUCCAAUGGGACGUAAGGUAAAAGGGUAAAGAACCCCUGGAUGGUUAAGUCCAGUCAAAGGUGACUAUGGGGUGUGGCGCUCAUUUUGCUUCAUUUCGGCCUCAACUAGAGCCAGGGCUUUUUCGGCUGUGGCUCCAAUCUUGUGGAACGCUCUGUCACAAGAGACUAGGGCCCUGCGGGACUUGACAUCUUUCUGCAGGGCCUGUAAGACAGAGCUGUUCCACCAGGCCUUUGGUCAGGGCACAGCCUGACUCCCUCCUUUGGCAAUCUCCACAGAACUUUAGCUUAAUGGUUGCCAACAAUUUGAUUUUAAUUAAUUUUUAUAAUGAAAUGUUUUUAGAAUCUUGUACUAUUUUAUUGUUGUUAGCUAUUUUAUUGUCUUCGGCUGGAGAGGGUGGGAUAUAAAUAAAAUUUAUUAUUAUUAUUAUGACAUCAAGGGAGCUGGUGUUUGUCCGCAGAAAGCUUUCCAGGUCAUGUGGCCGGCAUGAUUAAACCACUUCUGGCGCAGCGGGACACUAUGAUGAGUGCCAGAGCACACAAAAACACUAUUUACCUUCCCGCCGCCACAGUACCUAUUUAUCUACUUGCACUGGUGUACUUUCAAACUGCUAGGAUGGCAGGAGCUGGGACAGAGCAAUGGGAGCUCACUCCGUAGUGGGGAUUUGAACUGCCGAUCUUCUGAUCGGAAAGCCCAAGAGGCUCAGUGGUUUAGACCACAGCGCCACCUGCAUCCCUCCAAUGGGAGAUACACAGAUGUUCUAAUCCUUUCCAAUUCUGUGCCUCUAGUAGGCAUGCCACUACUAAAAGUAAUUAGUUCUUUAUAACAAAGGCCAGAUUACCCUUCUCUAAAAAUAGUUAACAAUCCCAAACUUGGGGUGCAUUCCACAUGUUGACCCAUAAUAAAGCUUAUUCCUGUAAACACCCUCUGCCGGAAGGGCUUUAUGUGAAAUGUGGUACCUAUACUAUUGCAGCCUCUCCAGCUCAAUGGUGGGAUAGUUUUGCGACUGACUUUCAAGUGUCUUCUGAAUACAUUUUUUAAGCCAAAAAGCCUGUGCAGCCGCUUAACAUUUCUUGAUCAGCCAGUCAUUUUAAUGAUUAUUUUGAAUAGUUUUUAUGGUGUUUUAUUGUACUUGUAUACAUUAUUGUAAACUACCCUGAAAUUCUAUACUAGUUCUGUACAAGUUGGCAGUAUAUAUUUUUAUAAAUAUCACAAUUUCAUUAGUUUAGAUGCUUUUCAUGAACUAGGGUUUGUUAUGGAGAAAACAAUAUUGCCAUAUUUAUUUUCUCAAACACAACUUGGAACUCCCAUCUCUGAAAAUAUAAACACUGGGUACAACUUUUUAUGCUUCUCUCAUGAAGUAGGCAGGACAGGGAAGAGAGAGGAUUACAGUUACGUAAGAAUGUAAGAAGAGUCCUGCUGGAUCAGGCCUUUGGCCCUUCUGGUCCAGCAUCCUGUUUCACAGCGGCUAACCAGAUGCGUCUGGGAAACCAGCAGGCAAAAUAGGAGCACAAGAGCAAUACUUGCCCCUUCCAUGGUUUCCAGCAACACAGUUAAUUGGAAUUACAUAAACUGGGCUCUUUCCUGGUUUGCUGUGAGGAAUUAUUUAGGCUAAUCAGCAGUUGCAUUUAGUAAAUU